UAGAGAGAGAGAGAGAGAGAGAGAGAGGUAGGGACGGAGAGAGGCACAGAGAGAGAGAGAGAGAGAGAGAGAGAGAGAGAGAGACCUGUGCUCCUCUUCUCAGUCUCCAUGUUUUAUUGAAUCCAGAGUCUAACUAGGUCACCCUGUUCAAACCAAGCUCACUCUCUCUCUUUCUCUCUCGCUCUCUCUCGCUCUCUUUCCCUCUCCCUCUCCCUGUGUCCUCAGUUCACUCUGGUCUGCUGUCAGAGCAAAGGGACGAAAGGAUGAGGAAGGAGAAGCAGUGAUGGAGGAGAGGUGGAGGAGCUAGGAGAGGGGACAGAUGAAUGGAGGGUAUAAACAGUGGGAUGGAUGUGGAGAUGAAAUGUGACAGGGAUGGAGAGAUGGAGGGAUGGUGAGCUGAGGGGAGAGUAAUUGGCGGCAGAGGGGAGGAAGGUGAGGGUCAGAACGCAAGACAGAAAAAAGAGGUGAAAUGAAAGAGGAAAUUAAGGGGAAAUAAGGAAGGUAGAAAGAAGGAAAAGAAGAAGGGAAAUACAUGAGCGAAAGGAAAACUGAGAGAUUGAUGGAAGAAAAUACUGAGACUCAUUUAACAAUCUAGACAGGAAACAUGUCAGACACCAAACAUGAAACCAAGAAUAAAUGUUGAAAUCUUCAGACAUUUUACAGUCUUCAUAAUAACAACAGGAAGAACUUUAUUUAUUAAGAGCCUUUAAAAAUCAGAGUUACAAGGUCACAGUUAGAGUUGGAAACAAUCAGAAAAGUUAAAUUAACCACCAUAGGAAGAGAACACAGACUCAGACCCUCUUGGAAGGAUUUCAGAGUUUAGAGGCUGAUCACCUUUACACACCAGCCCAGAGUCAGCAACAACCUAAAAAACACAACACCGGCAAUCUGGUGGAGAAAAGGUCAAAGGUCACAGAUGUAGGGUGAUCUCUGACCCUGAAGGACCUACAAGCAAUAAGAUCUGAAAGUCAUUUCUAAAAAAAAAAAAAGGUAACUUACCAAUACUGGACCACAAAAUAAAAAUCUUUAUUUUUACAAUGUCAUUUCUUCACAAGGAUUUAGAGCUAGUCAUUAUGAUUAUAGAAUAAAGUUAUUAUAUUUAUAGAAUCAUACAGUCAUUAUGUUUAUAGAAUAAAGUUACUAUAUUUAUAGAAUAUAGUCAUUAAAAUUACAGAUGAAGUCAUUAUGUUUAUAGAGUUAGGCUAUUAAAAAUUGGACAUUAACAGUGGACCUAGAAUGGAGCCCUGAGAUACUCCAUAUUGGUUGUAUUUAUUAGACAUGGAGACAUUUGUGAACAUUUGUUUCUUUUGGAGUUUGGUUUUGGUAUAAUGUGGUUAUUUUUUUUUUAAACUUAGAUAACUUAAAGGGAUAUUCCGGCGUAAAAUUUAAUUUAGGGUCAAACACGCUGUAACCCCCCCCCCCAGAGAGAGGAAUGUUGCCCAACACUUGCUCUAGUUAUACCAACUCGUGCGGUCCUUACUAAAGUUGGUAUAACUAGAGAAGUAAGCGGUCAGCAACAUUCAUCUCUUGACGGGAUGUCUAACUUGGUGUUACAGUGUGUUUGACCCUAACUUAAUUUUACUCCUGAAUAUCCCUUUAAACAGACCCUCACAAAGUUACAGUUUGGAAAUUAUUCUCAUAAUCACCCUAUUAAUAGUUAGUUUGGCUGUAGAAGAAAUUAAAUAAUAUUACCAUCAAGAUAUUACAAUCAAAGUUAAAGAUAUCUAUACUAAUGUGAUUCAGAGCCUACAGGAACACAUUAUAUAUGUGCGCAUGCUUGUGUGUUUGUGUGUGUAUGUGGACCCUGCAGUCAGUCUCUGGGUGUUUUUGGAAACACACACACACACACACACACACACACACACACACACACACACACACACACACACACACACACACACAGUCUGUAUGCCUUGAAUUUAGCAGAGAGCGAGAGAGAUGUUAGAGAGAGGUUGGGAAUGUGUUGCUUAUCCUUGGAGAGCCUUUAUGCGCGCUCCCGCCCUCUCGCCCGCGCUUGCUCUCCAUCGCCCGCGCCCCCGCCUGAUUGCGUGCGCGCGCCCGGUAAAUAAAGAAAGAGGAAAAAAAGAAGAGGAGGAAGCAGAAAUAGAGAGAGAGAGAGAGGGAGAGAGACGUUAACCCGUCCCGUCUUUCUUCUUCUUUUUCUGCUACUGCAGUGUCUGAUUCUCCCUCCACCAUCUUCAUCAUCACCACCAUCCUCCUCCUCUCCCUCCUGUCUGUCUGUCUGGGUCCCCCCUCCCUCCCUCUCCUCCUCCUCCUCCUCCUCACCCCUCCCUCCUCCUCCUCCGCCAGUGAAGGCACGGCCAGAUUAUCACGGCGACAAAAGAGAGAGAGAGAGGGAGAGAGACCUUCAGACAGACCGAGAGAGAGCGAGAGAGGGAGAAAGAGAGAGAGGGAGAGUGAGUGAGAGAGAGAGUGAAGGAGGCUGCAGACUUUCCACGCACAGAGGAAGAGGAGAAGAGGAAGAAGAGACAGAGAGAGAGAGGAGUCUCCAUCUUCGCCAUUUCAGUAUGUUUCUCUUUCUUCUUUAUCUUUGCUGCUCUGACGCUGUUUCUGCGCUCUUUUCUGCGCUCUUUCUCGCGCCUCCACGGCUCCGGUCACCUCUAGCAUCCUCCUUUCGUGCUCCUGUGGUGUGUCAGUCAUGCUUGUGUUGUUUCAGAGCCCACUUCUGUUGACAGUCUUCCUCUGAAGCUCCUCUUCCACUCUUGAGCUCCGUUAGGGUCUUCAUGCGCCUUUAUGGGGGAUAUGUCUGCUGUAAUGUUCCUAUACUGUGUGCCAGUCAUGCUGCUGCUGCUUAGACAUGAAACCUGAACAAUAUACAUGUAUUUUUCUGUCAUUUCUGCACAUUUUGAAUUUAUUUCUCUGCUGUUUCUUUGUUGAGAGUUCAUGUCAGACACUCAGUACCAUCCUCUCCUGAUAUCUGCACCCUGAGCUGUCCUGUCUACUCUGUAGUGACCUUACGGCACCUUUUUGAUUACGUUUAUUCUCAUGUUUCAUUAUCAUACUCAUAUAUAAUUUCCACUUUAUUACACUGAGGCUUCCACUGCUCUAUCACAUCCUAUAAUAUCCCUGUAAUAUUCCCCUAAUGUUCCUACAGGGUGCCGUGAAGCCUGUAUUGUUCGGUAUGGCAGCUAUAGGAUGGGGUCUAAUAGGCUAUGAUAAUCCAGGCUGGGACCAUUGUGUGUAAUAUUUUGUAUUCCUGCAGGGUGUCACAGAGCGUCACUCGUCUUAUAAUAUCGCCAUAAUGCCUCUACUGUGUGGUGAAGUGUGCCUGUGCUGCCAAUUACUGAGCUGCAGUGACCUUAUGGCACCUUUUUAUUAACUUUAUCCCCACUGUCUGAGGGGAGGAUGCAUCGUAACCAUGAGCAUUUAUGUUUGUGACCUGCUGUAAUAUUUGUGAAGACUCUGAUUAAUGUGGUGAUUAUUUUUUGACAUUCUGACAUUCACUUUUAGUUAUGCAAACAUCUUAAACAAACACAAGUUUGUAGGUUGGAGAAGCAGAUCUUUUACACAAUUUCCUCUUGUGGGACUGAUAAAGGAUUAUCUUAUCUUGAUAGUGAGAUUAUUCUGUUUGAAUAAUGGUCAUCUUAAUUACUAUCCGUGGAAACCUUUGCAGCUGUUUGAUAAGAGUUAAAAUCAUUUUAAAAUACAUGAAACAUGCAGUGAAAAUGUUCCUUAUUUAUCAUGCAAUAGGAGUAGAAAUAUAAUGACAAAAGCUGCACCAAACCAACAGAAUAUUUAAUUUUAAUCCAGCUUUAUUUGAGUGAUUGUAACAGUGAUAAUACUGCCAAAGAUUUAAGUGACAAAUAGAAAAAAAUAAAAUCAAAACUAACAAAAAUCAAACUAACAGUCAAGGGACAAAAAUGAAGAUCUUUGCAAGUUUAACUGGGCUUGUAAGUUUAUCAUUCUAUGCAAAAAGUCUCUUUCCUAUGAAGCUAAAGUUUCCUUUUUCAGAAAGUGUCCAAAACUUUCUGCAUGUUGAAUCUAGUAAUGAUGAGAAUUGAGAGUGAAAACAAAGGGAAACAUGUGGACUGCGCAGACCUUCUCUCCUUAAACCAGAGCUGACGGGUGUUUCUGGAUCCUCUGCAUGUUUGAACAGAGUCUGAGGAGUGUUGAUGACUUUCUGAAUGAAUGAUUAAAACUUUACAGUCAGAGUGAAUCCAGGGAGGCUCUCUGCAGAGGAAGACUCUCUGCACUUUUUUUCUGUUUGCAUAAAAAGAUGAAUUAGUUCAUAAAAAUCUGAUUUCUGCUCAAUAAUGUUGCAGCUGCACAAAGACACACUUUAUUUUUCACUCAGAGGAGAAGUGUUCUUUACCAGGUUCAUGGAGAAAAGCUGCUUUUUGUCCUUUUUUACUCCUAAUAUCGCUUCCCCUUUGUCUCUUUGUGUCUGUCAGUAACAGGAGCUUAUCUGGAGGAUGAUUUUGUCCAAAAUAACUUUGAAAUAUUACUGCGAAAACUGCAGAGCAAACAGAAUAAAAUUAUAAAGCCUUUAAUUUCUCACUACAGUCAGAAAAUACGUCAAAAUGGUCUCUAAAUCUGCGCUCAUAUUGUCACAUUUGAAGGAUAUUUGUAUCAACGGACUAACAGAAAAUUAAACCAGCUCUGCAGUUUAAAGAGUAUUCUCACUUAAGUCUGACUGUAACACCUGUCGCACCAAGAGCAGGUGUGUUUUCUGUAUGUUUUAAAGAGCGAUGCACCACACAGCUGAUAAAUGCACCUAAAUAUUCCUGAAAACUGUUCGCUGUAACUCCGGUGGAAAUCGUCUCCUUCAAAAAAACAGACUUAAAAUAAAACCUGUUCAGACUGUGAUUGAUUAAAAAUUAUCACAGUGAUUAUUGAGCUCUAAUUUUAUUUCUCUUUUAGUUUCUGUCCAUCGUUUUCUUAAUGAAAUGUUCUGGAACAAAUGUGUGUUGCACACAGACCCUAUUUAUCAUUUUGGAGGGAACAUAUACGCUGAAUUAUUUAAUCUACGAGCUGAUUCUGACUUAAAAAGUUUAUAACAGAGUCUGAAGCUUGAAACAGCGUCAGUAAAAUCAGAAAUCAAAACCACAGUAACAAAAAAAAGAAAAACAUAUUUUGUUAAAUUAGAUUUUUGACAGAGAAAUUUAUCGGACACAGACUGACAUCAAACAAGCUGUUAAUUAAUGUUGAUUUAUAAAGUUUUUAAUCUGUUUAUUUGUCAGGGACAGGUACAACAGCUGUCUGAUGAUUUUAUUUUUGAAGAUCUUUUCCAACACCGCACAGCAGAAAGGUUUCAGAGAGAAUAAAAGAUAAAAACAUUUUAAGUUAAAAUAAUAAAUGAGGCUGAAUGGAGUUUAACAGAAAGGUAUCUGACAGUGUCGCACUGUGGUCCUUGGUCGCUCUCUGAAGGUAAGGCUUCUGAGCUUAAAAAGGUGAUAAUCCUGUCUAUCCGAACGUUUCAGCAAAGAUUCACUGGAUAAAACCAGUAACAUCAACAGGACUCUGACUGUUACUUUCCAGAGGUCUGACUCAAGAUUCAUUAGGCCCCAUUAGAGAUGAACUCUGAGGGUCUGAGGGCUGACAGGCUUGACUAGGACCAGUCUGUAAACCAUCAGACAGAUAUGAGAGUUUCAGAGUUUCAAGACACAAAGUCACAGCUGAGUAUUAUAUCACUUAUUUCAUCUUAAAACAGCCAAAAUGAGCCUCAGCUGUAAGAAAAAUCUCUCAAACAUUUUAUUAAAAUGUUAAAAAAAUCAAUUUUUUUUCACCAAAACUAAAGUCAUGAAGUCCGUUUUGUAGUAGUUUAGUUUUUUCUGCUCCAGUCCUGCCUCAUUUCCUGUUUUAUUUUGUAGUUUACGCUGUGAUUCACGUCUUGUGUUAUUUUCUGUUUUUUUUUUUGUAGUUUACCCUUAAUUUCAUGUCUCGUGUUAUUUCCUGUUUUACGUCGUUGUUUACCUUGCGUUUCAUGUCAUGCCUUAAUUUCCUGUUUUAUAUAUUGUUUAAUGUCUUGUGUUAAGUCCUGUCAGUCACUAGUUAGGGCACAUUAAGAAAGUCUUUAAAAGUCCCCCCUGAGUCAUUCCCUGUCCUCUUUUCCUAUCCCUGAUGAUAAAGUUCAACGGGGUUAGGUAAAAGUGUACUCCAGGACUUUGGAGACUCAGUCUCACACUUGGAGGACGUUACUGAGGUCAUAUGAACAUGCUGUUGGAAAAAAAAAACAUUGACCACUGACGGACUGCAAAAAUCCCAACACGCUCUGACAGUGUUGAUUCAAGCAAAUAUAUUAACUAGGUGAUUCAUGUGAUAUCAUCCAGGUGUAUCAGGUGUAACAAGGUUUGUCAGGUGUAACGGGUGUAUCCAGUGUAACGGCUUUAUCAGGUGUAUUAGGUGUCUGACUGUAAGCUCCACUAAACUCCUAAGCACUGAAGCUCCUGUCUUCAUCAUUUGGAGGAUUCAAACAGCUGUUAGCAUGGCCGACGAUCAAAGACUGCUGGGUCAUUUGCCAGUCCAAACAGUACCCCUUCUUACAUUUCCCAUCCUAACAGUUCCUGUCCCAGCAGUCCCCAUCCUAACAGUUCCAGUUCUUAGAGUUCAUCAUCAUUUUUUCUGCGUUUGCACCCUCAACUCUUUGUGUCAGUGACAGAAAACCCUGAAUCAUCACUGAUGACCUACAAAAGGAGUUUUGUGUGUGUGUGUGCGUGCGUGUGUGUGUGUUAUAACUUUCUUACAAUUGUAGUCUCUUUAUUGUCUUCAUUGGUGUCACUCAUUGUUCAAAGCUGAAGUUCCCUGUAAGCUGUCUGCAGGCCUGGAUCGAUAGAAAACACACAGAGUCCGACUGAGAUCUGUCUUUGUCCUCUGAGUGUCUGAAACAUGGACAUAAAGAGAGACUUCACCAGGGGAAGACUCAGGUCUUAGAAACGUCUUUAUUUGCAAAAGCAAGUGUUGUAAUGUUUGUGACGGAGGGCAGAGCAGAGACACACUGAGCUGUAACACCUUCCUGCAUGUUUAUGUUAUUGACCUGUCACUUCCUGACAAGUCCUGCUGAAAUCAUGCCGUCUGACCUCAGCAUUAGUUCUUCAUAAAGCAUCCCUGUUGCUUGGGAACAAAAUAUGAAAUGAAGCAGUGAAGUGAAAAGCUUUAAUUUCCUAUUUUUAUGUUGAAAAUAUAGAAAUAUCCUUUAAUGAGCAACAAUUUUCCACAAUGAAAGUCCUUCAGAUGGAGUCAAGUCUGUGAGCUGCAGUCCUCUUUCAUGUUAACAGAGUGUGUCAGUGCUAAAUAGGAAUAGUCGGGAAUACAUUUGUCAAUCACAGCCAGAAUGAAAGAGUGUUUAUUUAGCACAGGUGUCCAGUAACAUGCACCGUAAACUGUCCAGGUGAUAUGCCUGAUGGCUUGAUAGUUAUUUUUCAAGCCAAUUACUGAGCUAAUUGCCCAGUGGGUGGAGCCUGUUAGCACAUUAACCUGUUAGCAGUUUAGUACUGUUAGUGUUAUCUUCAUAUCCCUCUUCAUUAUCCCGUGAUCACUCAAACAUCCUCAGUGAUCUCUGCUCUUUCAUUAGCUCUGUGUUGUCUCUAAGUUUAUACAAGCAGGAAACAACAAUAAGCCAGCCCAGUUAGACCUGCUUUUUGUCCCUCUGAGGCUCCAGUAGACGUCUGUUUUCCAGUGUAAACACUGAGUCUGGGUGAUCCCGGCUAAAAAAGUAAUGAAAGAUAAAAUGAGCCUCCUUUAUUUCCUGCCUGCUCUCAGAGGAGUCAGAGACAGAGACAGAGCUGAGAUCAUUCAUAACCUCCUCCUCUGUGCAGACACACACCACCUGAGUGUGACGGAGAGGCAGAUUAAACACUCCGCUCACACAUGACCAGCUCCACAGAGCGCUGCAGGUCACAGAUAAACCCUCUGUCACACCUGGAGGUCUGCUCACAUCACAGCUCAGUCACACCUGAACCUGAGCCGGACCAACCAAUUAUCAUCAUCCCAGCUGCACCCCGCAGUUUCUAUGCAACCGACUGGUGCUAUAUAUAAAUAUAUAUAUAUAUAUAUAUAUAUAUAUAACAUAACAUAUAUAUAUAACAUGUGACAUUAUAAUUCCUCUAUGAGACCAGCACACCUGUAAUCUGUGGCCUUAUACUUGAUUCAGAGUUAUGAUGAGACCUUUGACAUCAGACACCUCCUCCUCCUCCAUCCGGCCUGUUUCAGAGAUCCCACUGAACGUCUGCACUUGUUGCAUGAUCGUAAAACUUCGCAGGAUUUGGAGAAUGGUCAGUGUUUUCUGAGCAGUGUUCCAUGGUUGAGAAAUGAUGCAGCCACCAGCUGUAAUCUGUGUGCUGCUGAUCGAUCUGCUGUGUGGCUGUAACAGCAGAUCUGUCUUUCUCUCAGCUGUCCUUGGAUUCCUCCUUCAGUAAAGCUAAGACUAUGAUCACGCUUCAUGCGUUCAUGUUCAGUUUAGGUUUACUGGUCAGAUUGGAAGUCUGUAUGAAGUCUGUACUCUCUGAAAAUGGAGGUUCUAAAAACACCAAUCGAUAAUUUUCGAGUGGAUGGCAAAAAAAGAAAGCUCUGGUGAUGCUGACGUACUCGAGCACUGCAAUUUUUCUUCAUCUGUGUUGUGCACGCUCUAAGGUGGUGGUCUAUUAGUUAGUGGAUGUGUCUUCAGCAGUGUUUGGCCUAAUUGCUCAUUAAGAGGAAAAACUAGAAGAACAUUGUAAAGGCAGCUUGCUGAAGAGGACGCUCAGUAUGCAUGCACAUUAGACCUGGGCGAUUUGGCAAAAAAAAUGCUCACGAUAUAUUUUGUCAUAUUGUUCGAUCUCGAUUAUGAUCACGAAUUUUUUUUUAAACUGCCAGUUUUAAAGCAUCUGUACUAAAAACUAAAGAAAGUAGUGAUUAGUUCAGCAUUUUAUGAACAUACAAAGUAACAAAGAAUAAGAUACACUUAGAAAAAUAUAAAAACCAUUUGAACUCAAUAAUACAACAAAAGCAGAUAAAUAUUAAAUAAUACAGUAAAUUGAUUUACACUCCUGAGUGUUUUUGCAGGCAUGCAAGACCCAGAAUAAACAAAUCGCCCCCUCAGAGAUAAUGAAGAUGCUUUAAAAUCUAAACAUUAGAUGAUUUAAACAUAGAUGAUAUGAUUGAUUGCUUUGGUCUGGUUGCUGCGUCGCUAGUUGUAACUAAACUACUAAUGUUACUUGUGCCGUCAUCAGUGACAGGCUGUGUAGACUCUGCUCACAUUUUCAUGCUUUCCGCAUAAUCACUCGGGAAGUAACUCUUCUAAUGAUUAAACAGAUCUGUUGUAUCGCCGGUUUUCGAGGGCACCGACCGCCGACGUACCUUGCACAUCGGCUUAAUUGCUCGAUGCCACUUUGGAGAUACCCGAACCACCGCCACACAACCAACGUUGAAUAACUGCUCAACAAUAACAUCUUCGGAGGAUGACUCAAAUUGGUGGCUGGCAUGUAUUUUGCUGCCCUCAGCUCUGUGUUUAGCUCCACAUUCUGUCAUUCUGUUUACUUCUCCUGUUUACUUCUUCGGCAACUUACAGAAGUGAGCAAGAAAAGCUCGACUCUGAUUGGCUGUUGUGACGCACAUUUCCGCUAUGUUUGAUCGAGUAAAUAUGCUCACAGCUGAUCACCGUGAUCAAACUGAAAUUCAUCACAAUCAUCGAUCACGAUCAUAUGAUCGCCCAGUCCUAAUGUACACGUUCUUCUUCUAUGGUGUUUGAAAGGCUGUUUCUCAUCAUAUGAAUGAAGUAAGUCAGAGUGAAGCCUCAAAGUGACUGUUACAGUGAAACUGAGACCAAGCGGAAAUGACUAAACAGAGGCUCCUUUAGGGUCAUUAUUAAAAAUAAUGAUGAUCCAAUUCUUCAUUGAAAGGACAAGUCCUGUUGCCCUUUCAAUGAAGAAUGGGAUUACCAUGACCUGGAUGAAUGAGGACCUUCACAGACAGAGACAGCGAGACUGUGGCUUGAUGGUUAUAGGAAUCACUGGGUGAUUGAUCAGGUGUUUUUAGCCAAUCCUUAAAGUCUGAUGACGACUGAUCUGGCAGGGUUUCAUUCAGAGUCUAAAAUUAGACCAGAGACAAACUCUGGGCCAUAAUCCAGAUCUGUCCUCCUCCAAGUCCAAACCAGUGAGGGAAGGAACUUCAGCUUUUAUGAGAGAUAAGACUGUCAGAGGCAAGUGCGAGGUGAACGAUGUCUGUGAGGGUUUACCAGAGUGAGUUCCUGCAGAAUGAAGGAUCAACUGAUAACUGACGGACUGAUAACAAAGACUUGAAUCAACCACCUGUGUCUGUCUGUGUCUAUUUUUGUUUCUGUCUGUGUUUCUGGCUGUUUUUGUUUAUGUCUGUGUCUGUUUCUGUCUGUGAUUGUUUCUAUUUCUGUCUGUGUCUAUUUCUGUCUCUGCCUGUGUAUGUUACUGUUUUUGUGUCUGUCUGUUUCUGUCUGUCCGUCUGUCCGUCUGUUGCCAGGACCACCAUCAAUCUGAUUAACUCAUUCUGAUCAAUGGAGGCUGGCUGCACUCGUGCACACUCAUGCACGUAGCAGAGGGCAUCAUCCACCAUCUAUUCUGGAGCCCCGAAUGACUCAUAGAGUAAAAAUCCGCACACACACACACACACACACACACACACAGAUUUUAAAUGAUUCUUCGUGGGUAGACAAUUCUCUGUGAGGUGCGUGUGUUUGUGUGUGUGUGUGUUAUUGUGUGUACAGUCAUUCAUGUGAGUGGCAGACCAGCAGCCGCCCUCGGUGGACUCUUAAUUUGAAGGGCUGAUUAAUGCAGAACUUUUUAGACUCCCUCCCUCUGCUGUGACCUCUGACCUUUAGCCUCCCCGUGUCGGGUUUUCUGCAGCCUCUCUGAUGUGAGCUGAAGAGUGUCUACCUCUGCUGUGACUGAGAGGCCGUCUGCAUGAAAAGGAGAGUUAAAUAUCUACCUCUGUGCAUGAAAAGAGACAAAUGAUCCUCCGAGCGAGUUAAACACAGACUCAAAGAGUAACGAUCGCUUCAUUCACACUCUACUGCCACCCCCUGACCUGUCAAUCACAGAGCCUAGAGCCCCGCCCCCACGGGUAUAGAACAUCAGUUUGGUUGAGUAAAGGGUCAGUUAUUGAAUUCAUGCAAGGACAUGUCUCCACUUCUUUAGGCCAAAACAAAGUUUAAAUUGUGGGACUGAGAGAAAUUUAUGAAAAAAAGUAGAUUUAGACCAGAGGAGGAAACCUGGGAACUGGAUGAGCCCAUGCAGGCAGCAGAGUCCUUCCUAAUACAACAGUGUGAUCUAAGGUUUCUUACUCUCUUAUUUAGAGCUCUAAUUCUUAGAAAGACUGUAAGGUUCCUCUCAUUUCAGUCUUGACAAGGGGAAAGACUUAACACAGUCGUAUCACCUGACCCAUGAAAAAGUCCAGGUUUAGGCUCUGAAGUAGGGCUGGGCGAUAAAAUGAUAAUAUAUAUCAAAAAAUAAUUUUGUGGUGCCUGUGCAGCCGAAACAGCCGACCAUUCAGUCCACUUUCUCUAGCGCAACGCCUUACGACAAAAUGUUAAAGAGAAACAAAGACCUCACAGAUGCAGUAGCUCAUUGUAUUGCAAAAGAUAUGCUACCAAAAAGCACUGUUAAAUUUCAUUUUUGAUAUCGUGAUAUAUAUCAAUAUCAACUGAUAUGAAAAAAUUUAUUGUGAUAAACUUUUCCCAUAUCACCCAGCCCUACUUUGAAGACAAGCUUUUUUCCUGAAGACUGAGAGCAGGAGUGAUUGUUUCUGACAUGGACCAAAUUCCUGAAAAACACUGGAAGUGUGAAAGCAAACAGCUGAGAUUUCCUACCUGUCCUUUGCCAUCAUGUAAGGGUUCAGUCAAGGUGAGCUCACGUCACUGUGAGCAGCAGCUCAGGAGGGGGUGAUGAAGCUUCUAAUAAGUCGAGUCUCCCCGCGUGUUUGAACAGUGCUGCUGUAGACGGUUUGAGGACGUUGAUAAUGUCUUCAGGUCAUAAAGAGGGACAGGUUUACUGCCAGGAGAAGGCAGCAUGUUUGCAUCUGUGUGUACCAGCUUUUAAACUCAAAGAAUAAAGAGGGUGAAGCCUAAAGAAUCAGGGGUUAAGAUCUUUGAUAAGACCGUGAAACAAUACACCGUCUGCCUCCUGAAAAUCCCCCCAUGUGCCUCUAAUCCAGCGUUACAGUCAGGUCAGAGCUUUUGAAAGAGUUUGGAGAUCCCUAAGAUUCCCAGAGUUUCCUGAGAGCAGCUUGUGUGUCAGCUGUCUGACAGACAGGUGAACCUGUCCAGGAUGAAUCCACCGUUCAUCAGGGGGCAGUGAGGGUCUGAGGUCUUGAUAAAAGGUGUAGAUAGCAGACUGAUGUAUCAGUGUACAUUAGCUCAAAAUCUGAAUCCUUAUCCAUACUGACAGAUUUCCUACAGACAUCAAAAACAGCUGAACGUCACUGUUUAGACUACUCUGAGAGUAAACUUAAAGGGAUAUUCUGGCGUAAAAUUAAUUUAGGGUCAAACACACCGUAACACUGGGUUAGACACCCCCUCGAGAAAUGAAUGUUGCCGACUGUUUGCCUCUCUUGUUACACCAAGUUUAGUAAUGACCGCACGAUAGCAAUACAUUGCGGUCAAUGGAUCCACACACAAACCUUAACCAAAACGCCACUCUAUAGCCACAAAUAAUGCUCAGAACAGCACCUCACUUCAUCAACAGUACAUAUAGGGUCCUAGCCACAGCACUAACCAUCAAACACCUUUUAGCUUUGCCUGAUUUCUUUCGCAAAGAAAGGAAACACAACUCACCUACUCUCUUCCAGCAGCCGCUUGUUUGUAGGGAGACCUCAGAUGAGUCCAUUACCGACUGCAGCGGGGUGACGCAGCUCAAGGAAGAACAUUUAUGAUCAUUUAUUUGUGGAAAAGCAAUCAAACUGAGACGUCAAGGCAGAAGAACUGCAGAACAAAAUGAUAAUUAUGAUGAUUAUUACUUCAAAGAAAUGAUGAAGGAAAUGACGUAACUUAAUUUUACACCGGAAUAUCCCUUUAAACCAGAACUCUUCUGAUACCAGAGUCUGAUCCUGAUCAGAUUCUACGUUUUCGUAAUCUGUAGAUAGAGAUUACUGCACUGCCUUCUUCUGUAAACACAGGAAUCACUGAGCAGGUAAGAUCUCACACCGUCAGUCAGGUGACGUCUGACAGCAGAAGCAGCUGUUUGUGCUCAUCAUGAGAAGACAAAUUCAGCGUAACACAAACGCAGCCUUUAGACGUUCCUGAGUCUGAGCAGACUCUCACCACUCCGACUCUGAGCUGAAUCUGCUCUGACAGGAGAUGGUCCGAGGGCUGAGGAGGACGUUAUCUCAUCUGAAGUGCUGACACGACACCAGCAGACACCCGCGGACCUGGUCACCUGGAGGAGAGCCGGCUGGCCGGCGGUGCGUUUGUGUCCAGGCAGGAAAAUCUGCAGCGUGGCCUCUUCACAUUUAGACUUUUACAAGCUGUAGAGGGUGAACAUGAAGUGUAGCAGGUUCAUUACAGCACUAACCCCUGCAGGAGGAUCAGACGAGUUCAUGUGUGCAGAGAGAGAGAGUGGGAAAAACGGGAACCUAAAAAUAAAAGGACACAGAGAGAAAAAAGCUAUUUUCUAAUUUAUUUGAACUUAAGGAGCGACGUCAGGAUAAAACUGACAAAUGCAAAAACCAAAUCCUGAUUUCUAAUUUUCCAGAUAAAUCAGGCGAUAAAUGGAGAGAAAGGCAACAAACAAAUAUGGGGAAUUCCUCGGUGGAAUAAAAACAAGAGUGAGUGCAGGAAUGUGAUUUCUUAUGCUAAUGCUGUAUUCCCACAUGCAUUCAUUAUUAUUUAGCAUGCAGUGCUCAGACAGGGAUUCAGCUGUGAUCAUAUCUGCAGAUCACACUCAGCUGCUGCCGCUCGCCCGCUCUCUGUGAUUGGUCAGAGGUUAAUUGACGCGGCUAAUCACCCGAUCAGUCCAGUCUCCAUGGAAACCAGGAGUGGGGCUGAUGUACAGGAGGGAGUCACACCAGGCGUAGCUGCUGCAGAGUUUCCUUUUAUUUCUGUGUGUGUGUGUUUACGCCGUCUGCAGAGAGCGUGUGCAAGGCAGUUUGUCUGUCAGGAAACUCAUUAAGGAUUCAUUCUUUCAUUUUUAAUUAGCAGCUGCUAAAACUAACAUGCUGCAAGUUGACUGUAGCUCUCUGUUCAUUCAGCCGUCUGUAGCAGAGACCGUCACUUCAUUCACUCACAGCACUGAAGCAGUCCUGUUUUCAGGUUUUUUUUAAAGGAGGAGUAUGAGUCACUGAAAAAAUCCUCAAAUUUAAGAUGAUUUUUAACUUUUAUCUAUAGAGAUUUUCAAAAUAAAAGAGUUUAACCUGGACAGUUAAAUAAAAGAGAGUGUUGUUAAAAGACAUAUGUAAAAACAUAAAUACUUUGAAUGAUAUUUUUCUAUAAAGAAGCAUGACCUUAAAGAGAUAUUCCGGCGUAAAAUGAAGUUAGGGUCAAACAUACGUAAUUACUUUAUCAUACGCGGUAGUUCUUCUGCCUUAGUGUCUCAGUCUGAUUGCACUUCCAUGAUGAAAUAAUCAUAAAUGUUCUUCCUUGAGCUGCGUCACCCCGCUGCAGUCGAUGAUGGACUUGUCCGAGGUCUUCGUACAAACAAGCGGCUGCUGGAAGAGAGUAGGUGAGUUGUGUUAAAAAGAUGUUUGGUGGCUAGUGCUACGUCUGUGACCCUAUAUGUACUGUUGAUGAAGUUAGGUGCUGUUCUGAGCAUUAUUUGUGGCUAUAGAGUGGCUUUUUGGUUGAGGUUUGUUUAUGGCUCCUCAGACCGCUGUGUAUUGCUAUCGUGCGGUCGUUACUAAAGUUGGUGUAACUAGAGAAACAAGCAGUCGUCAACAUUCAUCUCUCGAAAGGGUGUCUAACUUUGUGUUACGGUGUGUUUGACCCUAACUUAAUUGCACGCCGGGAUAUCCUUUUAAAGGUGCAGUCUGUAUUAUUUAGAUAGUUAUCAGGACAGAGUUUGAAGGAAUUAGGCCAAAAACUUAAAGUCAAAAACUUCAAAUCAAUUCAAGUGUCAGUCAUCAUGUUUUGGGUGUCAUUGUUUCUGUAUAGAUGGCAGAAAUGUACAGAUCAUCCAUGACAGAACCUUCUCCUGAAUCUUGGAGUUUUGGAAGAUGUUAGACAUGCUAAUAUCUUUAAACUCAAUGUUGGUAUUGAUGCAUGCAAAAUCAGUUUUAGACUCUGCGGCAGCGUCUUCUGCUCACUUUGAGGGAUGAUUGGGUUUCUGCUCCGGUCUGCUCUGAAGGAACUGAUGUGAAGUAUUAGUAGGACUCUGACUCACUGCGUUUCACACUUUAUUCCAUUUUUAUUGUUUUUAGGAUCUCAUCCACAUUUCUGAAUCACAGAAAUCACAGGCAGAUCAACCAACAUCUGAACACCAAGAGUGUCCUAAUGCAGAAACUUUGAGUCCUCGAUAAACAGGAGCUGUGCUGCACCUCCCUCUCUCUCUCUCUCUUUUCGUCUCCCCCCUCCCUCCCCUGUUUCACUCGUGAUGUUUGGCUUGUGCGCUGCAGCGACUCAUCACACUCCAGGUGUUUCUGUUUGUUGGUUUGAUAAAAGUGCUCUGCUGUAAUAAAACACUGAGCUGCUGUCAGCUCGGCUGCAUACACACAUACACACACACACACCUCACCUGUCUGCUGUGUGUGUGCUCAAACAUUUGGCUGUGACUGUUUGUGUUUGUAUGACUGUUGCAGCCUCCUCAGACCUGAAAGUUGAGCAUUUUCUCGGAGCUCAGACAUGAAGAAAAAAAGUUCUUUUUUUGCUGCUGAGUUCAAGAUCAGUUUUUGGACAUUUCUGUCUUACAUAAAUAAAACUUAUUUGUUUGUAUUGACAGUCUGAAGAGGACUUUAAAGCUCUAACUUUUGCUGAUCAAAGCACCCCUGAGACCCCGUCCUCCCUGCUGUUAUCAGACAAACUUUCUGACACUCUUUCUCCGACUUUGAAUUGAUAAUUAGACCUGGUCUCCUCUGCAAAUAACCAGCAGCAGCUUAAUGAGCUGCUCCAACCAUUAAGAGAAAGCAAGAUCCCCAAAUCUCUGCACCAUGAAGUCAUUUGCAUUUUAAUUCAUCCAGGAAAUCUCAGAGCUGAUCCAUCCAGAACCACGAGCUCUGCAGAGUCAACAUCAAGUUCACAAGAUGCAAAAGAACAUUUAAGAUUUUACAGUUUAAACGUUUAAAAUAAAGCUGGAAUGUUAUAAUUCAUAAACUGAUCAUCUGUGGAUUUAUUAAGCAGACAUGGUUAAAUUCUAAAACAUUAUGUUGAGGCUUCAUUGAACUGGUCCACAAACCCGUGUCCUGUGUUGGACUCAAACACCCAACAGAACUUUAUAAUAACGAUAAUAUUUAUUUAUAAAGUGCUUUCCAUCACAGUGCUGUAAAAGCAGAUUACAAUCAUAAAAUAGAAACAAAGGAUUAGAAUUUAUUUAAAACACAAGUUCAACAUAGCUCACAAGUCGUGUGUACGUUUAUUCUUUCGCUUAGCUUUGAAUAUGUCCACUGAACAUGGCUGCCUAAUGUCAUGAGGUGAACCGUUCCAUAAUGUUGGGGCAGGAACAGAGAAAGCCCGCUCACUAACAGUCUUUGUGCGGACCUUGGGGAUGCACAGAAGGCCAGACUCCCACAGAGUAAUCACUCUGAAAGAAGGAACAUUUUCACCUCUAUGGCAGAUAAAACUUUGAAACCAGUUUUAUAUCUAGGUGGUUUGACAAACCCCAAGAGAACUCUAUGUUACUUUACCUUCAAAAAGUGGUGGUUCAUCCUUUCAUCGCUAGAAUAUCUGGAAAAUUCUCACACAUUAAGUGCACAGGAGCAAACACUACCUUCUUUCUCUGCCUUGGUAAUAUCAGCAGAACUACUUUAAGAUUUCUUUCCUCUGAGUGUGUGGCCUUUACAUGUUAAAAAUAGUGUUCAGAGACAUAUAGCUGUACUGUCAACAACAUUUCAACCACCUGUUAUAUUAAGCUGCAGGUAACCUAGCGACUGCGCUGUUAUUAUAGGCCUGUCAAACUCAUUUGCAGAGGAGCAGAGGCUUUUCUUUGUUCCUGUAUGAUGAUAAAGACGAAAAUAAUGAAAUUGUCUCACUCUGUGGAGGACUUUGCGUAUUGAAUAGUCUUUCAUGUAUACUAACAGGAAAAAAACAGUAAGAUGCAGUGCUGGCUUUGACAUACAGGAGGCGCUGCAGCCAACAGUGUUUUUAGGAGAGAAAUCGCACAAGGACACAGUGUACACUCCAAACUGUCAUGGCAAAGUGGGUGAACCAUGUGCGCUGUUCUGCUACAUACCUUUGAGUGUGUAUGUGUGCGCGUGUGUGCACAUGCAUGUGUGUAUAUGUGAGUGUGCGUGCAAAUACGUGUGUGCCUGAGUAUAGAGCUCUGCAUCAUAUUGUACCAGACAGGCAGAGUGUCGAACUGAAUACUAAGCAGCAGGAAGCUCCUCUUCACACAGCGCCAAUCCAGCCAUAUAGGACACAGUGACACACACACGAACACACACUCACACACACACUACAAUUAUUUCUUUAUUGUGUUAUAAUGUGAUAAUUUUAUGAAUACUUGAGUAGAGUCCCACAUAUUUCCAUGAAUUUAACCACCUUGAUAAAAAACCCACCUUCCCUCUGCAUGAUGUCAAAUCACAUUUAUGAUAAAAAAGAUCCUGUCCCUAAAGAUGUCUCUUCGCUGAGACAUUUCAACCUUAAAGUUUCAAAAACAUCUUUGUAACUCAAAAAGUCCUUACCUUUUUCGACGGUCCUCCUUCCUGAAGUCUACAUCGAACAAAAGUCCUCACAACGAUAGCAGAACAAGAGCACACACACACAUGCAGAGGCAGAACAAGGACACAGCCUAUGGAAGCACACAUUCAUAAAGACACACACACACAUGCGCACACACUGCUGAAGUCAGUACAAUAUGUGCACAGAGGCAUAUGCGCACACACACAUGCACACACACACGCACAUACACACACAUAUACACACAUGCCCAUUAAGUGUGCAGCCCACUCAGUCGUAUAGUUUCCAGGGAGGUGGAGGUUUUUUUUUUGUCGGUUUGGCUCUUCAGGGUGGAGGGAGGGAGAGAGGGAGAGAGGACUGUAUUUGAUGUAGGGUGCGUUGGAGCGCGCUCAGUGGAGUGGCGGCCUUAGAUGCACCCGGCCCCGGUAUGCUGUGGCACCAUAAUGGGAGUAGGCUGAGAGUUCAGGCGAGGCUGUCCAGAAUUUACAUUUAUAUUAACGCCGCAAACCCCCCCGGAGCAGCGCUGCAGCUGAAGAGCAAGCGGCAUCAGGGGCUGCUGUGCUCGCGUCUUCAUCAUCAAACUCGGGCUCCUCUGUUGUCUUGGCUCUCUUUGUGCUGCUGUUUACAUUGAAAGACGCCCUACAGCGUUUCUGACUGUAAUUACUGCACCAGAAAAAGAAAUUCUGCAUUAUUUCAAAAUUUGAAAGCAGUGUUUCACUCUUGGGUUUGCCUCGGCUAAGACCGUAAUGAACCAUAAUCCCUCCACUGUGGUUACCUGUAGAGCUUCACUUCUUGUCAUAUUUCUCAGCUCUUCCCUGUUUGAUGACUUUGUGAUCUUGAUGACCUGGUAGUAUCUAUUUCUUCUAAACUAUGGCUUUAAAAACAUCCAUGCCGAAGGUCUCCUUAGGAUUUUUUCUUCAAUGUACAGGUGGACUGUCAUUUUUUAUCUAAAUAUCAGUCAGUAAAUUAAAUUUGCACAGUUUGCACAGUCCCAGUGUCUGUUUGUAUCUUCAGGACUCAAAAACACGAAAACAACAAACCACAUUUGUUACAAAGCCGUGAACCUCAGGAGGUCCGAGGACUCGAUGGUAUCUGCUUUGUGUUUGUCUUGGUCAUAAAUCAAGAUUACAGUUAACUGGAGUGACCAUAUUCUGAUUUCCCAAAAAGAGGACACGACUACAUGGGAGGCGCAGUCACGGAGUCGCAUGAAGUUAAUUUUGAGAGUUUUUCGGGUCAGAUCGAGUGUCUUUUACGCGCUUCUAACUCAGUAAGUCCACGUGACACAAGAUCGAAACCCUAGUACAAAACCGCCGACAUUUGAAGGAUUUUAUAAACUUGCCAGACAAAGCCGUACAGGCCCCGGCAGCCCCCCCAAAAAAGGACAUGUCCGGGCAAAAGAGGAGGUAUGGCCACCCUAAGUGAACGAUCAACGAACAAUGACACAGAAAGGAGUGACAUGUCUGUUUGACUGUGUGUUAGCUCCUCAGCGCCCCCUUGGUGUAACUGAAAACUCUGCACUUGGAUUUGGUACAAAUGAACACAGAGGUACCGCAGUCUCGUCAGUGCUGCUCUUAUAUCAGUGUUGUUGCCUGCUGUAUUUGUCAUGAUAUUUUUUGCAUCUUUUAGGAUUUAUUAUUUCUAAAUAAGUUUUAGAGUCAACCUAUCAGAGUCAAGGUUUUGCUUUCAGACUACUCCUUCUUCCCUCAGCCUCUUGCAUGUCACGGUCUGUCACUGGGGUAUUGCGUGAGAUUGCUGUGGUGUUUCUCUAAAGAGGCUAAGAUUUUAACCAGCUGUAGAGUUGAAGUAGACUAGCUUUCCUGUCUUUCUGCACUCUCAGGUAUGAAGAUACCAGUUUAACAUUAUCUGGUUUGUUGUUGUACUAGGGCUGGGCAAUAAACUGAAAAUUUACUUGUACCAAAAUUUAUGAUAAUAACCGCUGUCAUUUUGGCCGUAAUGGUAUAUUUGGUGUCAAAUAAAUAGAUAAAUAAAAGUUGGUUUUGGAUGUGUGUAGGUAGGCUAUGGUCUCAUGUCCUUUUAAGAUGCUGUCCUAUGUCAGAAACGUGACUCCACCCCAUCCAGUCCGUAACAAAGAGGGAAAGACAAGUGAGGAGAUGGAGGAAGGUUCAAAAGUUGUAGCGAUAGGAGCGGCAGCUGAAUUAGACCAAGUUAAUAUUGGAGGGGGUGAGCAGCUUGCGGAGUAGUUAUCGUCCAUUUAUCGUUAUUGAGGUGAACUGCUCAAUAGAUCAUGAUAUUGAUUUGAGGCCAUAUCGCCCAGCCCUAGGUUGUACAGUGGUUUGGUUAGUCCCCGUGACCCUGUAGUUUCUUACAGGUAGGAUUCCCUGUGCUGAUAUACUGUCACUGUUUUCAGUGGUAGUCUGGUAUACGUACAGCCUGAGCGCAGGAUCAGAGCUGCAGUUUUAUCCUCAGAGUUUGAUCAGAAACUGUCACAUUGACCCAGAUUUGACCCAGAAUUUGAAACUUUGCUGAUUUGAAACACUGAAUGUUUUAUCAGGUUUCUAUAAAGAGCAUGUUAAAGCUUCUGCCUACACUGACUGGAUAUUUUAAUGGCAAUUCAAAAUGCUGUACAUAAUGCAUUAAAAACAUUACAGCGGGAAUAUAGCAUUAAACAUUUAAAUGCUAAUUAAAAAGUGCUAAAACAAAAGUUAAAAUAAUUAAAACAUUAAAUAAAAAACAGAGCAGCAAUAAGUGAAGGUGGGAAAUAAUGAGUGUUUAUGCAUAAAGUUUGAUGAUCAUAUAUCUGAAAUAAGUUUGUGUUACAUUAAGAAUAAAUUCAUGUUGCGAAAAACACCAUGAAGGACUCGGUCCUGUAUGACUUUAGUCUUGUAUCAGGUCUGUUUUUAUACAAAACUAUCAGGUAUGUUUUUAUGUUUAUUCAUCAGGUUUCUGCAGAAACAUCUGAGUGCUUAAGUGAACUGCAUGUCACUAAACAUUAAUAAUAACUUUUAGGUGUCACAGACUGAAGACGUCCAGAGGAAGUGAAUAGAGGUUCAGAGUCAAACUGUAGCGUUAAGACUCUACAGGACUGCGGCUCCCAGAGAAACUCAGAUAUUUAUGUGUUUUGUUUUUGCAGAUCAUGACUCUUGAAGACGGCUUUUGAAACUCUGCCAGCUUUAAAGACUGUUGAGCUACAUGACCAGCGCUGCACCGACCUCUGACCAGGUAGGAACAAGGCCACCAUGCAGGUCUUAUGUAAGUCGUAUCAGGAUAAAUAAACCUGCUGUUUGUUCAAAGGUGAUCCCCAUGUGCAGUAAAUAAAGUUUUGAAUGUGACCUCUGCUUCCUGUUAGGAUGCUCUCUGAAAGGUUAUUGAGUUUGUUGUGUUUUCAUGAACAGUUUAAAACGUUUCCUGUUGAUUUCUGCAUGGAAACACAAAAGAAGCAAUUUAUGUAACAAACACAAAAUGCAACAUGUUUUCUUCCUGCUUCCUUCAUUCUCAGAGUUUGACUCGAUUAUUUCUGUUUAGAUGGAGGUUAAUGCGGUUAAAAAACGCCAUCGCACAAGAUCCAAAGGAGUCAGAGGUAUGGGCAUGUCUGUUUAACAUCCAUCUAUCUCUGAAGAACCAGAUUUACAUGCACAACGGCUAUCAAAAAAAAUGUCAGCAACAUGUUUGUAAAAAGUAGUUUUAGGUUUAUAUUUCUCAUCGUGUAUCCUCAGCUCUUCUUUCACAAACCCUCUGUAGACAUUGGUGAAUCCAGCAGACCAGGUUCUGGAGUCUUCAAGUGAAAAGUUUUCCCAUUCUUGCCUGAGACAGUUUAGGGUCUCAUUUUUCCAGUCCACCUUAAAUGGGUUCAGGUCCAUAAUAGUCUCUGGUGUUUCUGGAUCCUGUUACUAACCUGUUGGAAAUUAACCUUAUUAGUUAGAGACAUACCUGCCAACACUCCUGUGUUUCCUGGGACUCUCCCGUAUUUCAGACCUAUCUCCCAUCCCCCUCCCGUAUUGCCAUUUCUCCCGGGAAUCUCCUAUAGUUUGCAUGGCCCACAUUUAUUCAUGAAUCAGAUCACUAUAUUCGUCCAUAGUUGACAGGAUUCCAGACUGGAUUCAUACUUUUACUUUACAAUUUGGGAUGAUUCAGGUCCCAGUGGAGUGGUGCGUUCAGGCAGCCUCAGAUAAAAGAGUGCUGUAUUUCACGCACAGAUGUUCAGAGAGCCUUAUACGGGAGAGCAUGUCAAACAGAUGAGAACUUUAACACCAAUAUUAGUGGACCAAAUAAGUUCAAAGCAUAUCAUAGCAAUUAUUUUUUUAUUACUGUUUGUUAUCGUUAAAACAAAAGUGUGCAGCUUUACUUAUACUUAUUUGGAUGAGCAAAUCUUAUUACAAAUACUCUCAUAAUUAGUUCAAAUCUACCAUACAAGGUAACCCCAAAACAACCCAGUGUGCGUUGCAAAAAUCUUCAGGAUUUUAUAACCCAAAUGUUUGCAGGUAUGGUUAGAGAUGUUCCUCCAGCUGUUUUUUUGAGCAUGACUCUACUUUUUACCUCUUUGGCUGUUCCUCUAAGAACUUUAACCUGUUUGGUUGUUCCUCUAAGAACUUUUUACGAACAUGUUGCUGUCAUCAGAUUGAACAUGAACAUUUUUUGGAGUCAUGGUUGUAUUUACAGCUAAACCAAAGAGUCUGAACAUUUAGAGCUGCUGUGUCAGUAACAGCUGGCUGGUUGAGGAGAAGUUAUAACUUGAAUCUUUCUGUCCUGUCUCUGUCUGAAGCCGCCGUGGAAGCAGUAACACAGGAGUUAUUCAGGUAGGUCAACCUGCGCUCACUCUGCGCUUUUCUACACUGUUAUUAAUGCAUUAGAGGAAACCAGCAUGUGCAUGGUUUGAUAAGAGAGUCUAAUGUGUCGGCAGUAAAAUGUCAGAGAGGAGGCUCAAACGCUCAGGUCGGCACUGACAGGCAGAGGUGAACUGAGCAGGAGUUCAGUUUAGUUUCUGGUCAUGUGAUCUGUCAGCUCAUCAUCAAACCGCAGGGUCUCUGAGCUCUGGGUCCCAUCACUCAGAUCUUUACAUUUGCAUAAGGAUGCAUUUUGUGUGUAUUGUUUGAUGUAGUCGCUGAGGAAUAAGUGAACGAACUUCUCCAGAACAUGAAUCAGUGUCCUUGACAUGAAGUUAAAUGAUGAGGUUGCACAGGGGGCUGUAGCACAGCGGGGCUUAAAUAACAGGUAGAGGACGUAUGCACAUCUGGAUGCAGCACUGCUGUCACAGACGUGCAUUAAAAAUGUCUGCUCUUAAAGGUAUCAGUGCUCUCCUGAUUCAGCAGACAAACAGCAGAACUGGCUCCUGACGGAUUACAGAGUGCUGCAGAUAACUUCAUUUCACCUGUGGGUGGUUUACAGCUCAGUCAGAAACAGCUGGAAUCUCUGUCCUUACGUUUGAAAACCACAGUUCUCCACGCCAACUCCGGAUUAACCCUGAAGGAAUCACAUUUUUAUGAUGAGCAGUAAUGGAUCCUGUUAAAAUGUGACCCAGCUGUUUUAUUACGCAGUUUUUUCAAUCUAAUUCAACCAGUAAUUCAUUAGGUUUUACCGUACGGCUGCAGCAGGAACACACCAGCAGCUGCUGACAGUUAAUGCUGAAUAUGACUCCUACCUGUGAGUGUGUUUUAGUGUGUGUGUGUGUGUGUGGACAGGAGUUUCUGCUUCACUUAAUCCCAUUUAGUAAAACUGACAAAUAUUGGUGUGUGCAGCAGAUUAGGGUUGAACUCGCUUUGAUUCAGGUCAUGGCUUUACUGUAAACAACAUGUCGUGUCUGCGCUGAGCGAGCCCUGAGCAGAGCAGCAGAAACUCGCUGAUUCACCCUGAAUUUCAAUCUGAAGGUGCCGCUGAGGCUGAGCAUUCAGGGCCAGACGUGAUGGACGGACAGACGGGUGGAGAGACUUUGAAGUGAGCAGUAACGGCAGACAUGACUAAGGCUGGAGAAACUGUGAAACACCAUCAGAAACCGCUGAAGAUUUCCAUUAAUUGAAUAUUCCCCAUCACAGGCCCUGACUAAUCUGACUAAUCUGCUGGGAUAAACAUAUACAAAUGAAUUUGUCAUUGUGGCGGGCAGAUUUGAGGGGAAAGACAUGUGGCUGUGAUAUUAAAAGUCUUCCAUGACUUAAUGCUAAUUACUAAAUAAAUACAUCACAUCUGUCGGCUCAGCAGGAAUCAGAGCGGCAAAUUCUGCUGCAUCAUGGCUCUGAAUUUUUAACUUCCUGCAGAUUUGCUCCUGAAACAGACUUAAGAUUUUGAUGUUUAAGAAGAAGAUUAGGUCUUAACGUUCAAAGGAGCGCCUGACUGUUCUUCCACUGAAAGACACUAAAGCAGAGGCCGUAUUAAACAAUGAAAAACCUUUGCAGUUUUCUACUAAGUAAUGGAAUCCACCUGUUACAUCCAUGAACCCUCUACAGCAGACCACACCAGGCCCUUUGGAUGUCCCUGCCCGGCCCUUCGUGAGGUCUGUCAAACAAAUUAUCAACAUGCUAUACAAGUGUGUUGCUUUUAUUUUGAAAACCUAGCCGUUGUUUUAUUUCCAUUUGGACACACGUGCAAAAUAAUAAUAAUAAUUCAUUUUAUUUGUAUACAGCACACAAUUUGAAUAUAGCAAUAAAAAUAAAAUAAAUUAAUAUAAAUAAGUAAAAUACAUCCUAGAUCUGCAUUUGUGAACAGAGACAAGUUUAAACAUCGGUGAAAUAUACGUAGACGCCUUAUAGUUGCCAAGUCCGCUUAUUAUAAAAGACUUCAGGCUUGUUUCUCUCAGAAGUCGCUUGUAAAACUCAUGAGUCGCCAGUGUGCUUUUUGGGGGCUUGUUUUUAACUAGUAGUUGCUUAUUUGGGCUUGCUUUACUGUAUCAGUGAACCCCCCUGAUUUGAAGUUAAAGUUAUUGUUGGUUCGGCUUUCGAACAUAGUUCAGGUUUCUCAUGUGGCCUCAUGUAAAAAAACUAAUUGCCCACCUCUGAUCUACAGGAUACAGACAUCCAAAAUACAUGCAGCUUUUCUGACACUAACUGGUUCUCCACCAUGUCGCAGUCUGAGUCCAUGUCCCGUACUGAGGCUGAUCUUGGAGGUGCAGGAUCAGACAAGAGCACCAAGAAAAGGAUGAAAAUCAUGUCUGAACUCACAAUAACCCAGAAACAAUAACAAGAAAUGAAAAGAGAACAAAAAUGAGAAAAAUUCACAAAAAUACAAAAAAUCAAAAAAAUCAUAAUAACAGAUUUGAGCUCUUUGACAUUCAAUCACAGUCUGCAGAUCCAACAAAUCCUUAAGUCUUUAAUAUGAAGGUAUUUUUGGUGCAAAAGGUUUGUGCAUCUGCAACAUGUAAUUUCUAGUUGUGUACAGUGAUUAUGUAUGUGUAUUAGUAAAUGUGAAAUCACACACUCUAUGAGUUGUGUACUUGUAGAUUUUUGUGUGUACUUGAUGAUUUUUUUUUAUUUCCAUAAGUACAACACAACAUUUGCACAUUCGCAGAUCUUAAUUACAGGUGCACAAAUCCUUUUUUACAAGUCACAGAUUCAAACUCCAACAUUUUUGCUCCAAUUGUUGCAGCAUAUUUGGUGCAAAACAUAUUUGUGCACCUGUAUGGAACAAUGUGAAGUUGUGGACAAAAUUUGAAUACGUGGAGAUCAUAAUGUGAACUUGUGCAAAAAAAAUGUUACAUUUAUGUACACUAAGCUUUCACGAAAGUAGUUGCAUUGUUUUAAAACACAAAUACAAAUCGAUAAUUACAACCACUGGAAUCUUCUCAGCGAGUCACAGACUGUGUUUCCUACAGCUACAAAUCAAGUCGCUGAAAUGUUUGGUGCAAAAGGCGGUCGCUGCUAAAGUCACUGUUUAACACCACAGACAUUCACACACUGUAUAAACUCAGGGUCUCCACACCCUCUCCAAUGAUGCUCUGUCUGUCCCUCUGCUUUUCACACACACACAAACACAGACACACAAACACACACACACACACACACUCUCUUUGUGAGCUGCACAGGAUCAAUAAUUCGACUCGAUCAGUCUUCCUCCCACACAGAUUGAUGAGCCUCACCUUGAACGAACUGCCUCCUCCUCUCCUCCUCUUCAUCACGCUUUUCUCCUGCUUUUCUUCAUCUUUUUGUUCUCCCUCUCUCUGCUGUUAUUCCUCCUUCUCCUUAUUCUCUCUCUUUUUUCCUCUUUUGUCUGUCUCCGUCUGCCUCUAAUUUCUUCUGUUAUUCUUCAGUCCUUUUCCCUUUUCUCUCCUUUUUCUCCUCCUCUCCUUACGUGUCUCCUGAUUUUUCUUCUCUACUUUCCUGUCUCCUUCUUCACCUCCACUCCUUCCCUGUCUUUCUCCCUCUCUUCUUCCCUGUUUCCUGUUUUUUCUUGUGUUUUAUCGUUUUCUCCCUCCCUACUUGUCUCCUCUCCCUAUUCUCCUUUUUUUGUCCUAUUCUUUCUCCUCCUCCUAUUGCCAUCCUAUUCCUCGUCUCCUUUCCUCUACCCUUCCUUGUAUUUUCCUCUUAUCCCCUUCCUUCCUUUUCUCUUCUCUCCUUCCUCCCUUUAAGAGUCCUUUCCCUUGCAGUCCUCCUUCUCUUUCUCCUCCUUCUUUGUCUUCUUUAUCUCCCUCCAUCCUCCUCUCCUCCUUCCUUGUCUCCCUCCUCCAGCCCCUCCUCGUUCCUGUCUCCUCCUUACUCCCUCCCUCCCUCCUUCCCUCCCUGUGCUCGUGAUGCUCAGUCUUCACCUCUGUGGUCGUGCUGCUCUGGUUUUAGCCUGCAGUUAGCAGGGUGUACAGAUCAGGUGAUGCUGGGUGUAGGGUGGGCGGAGCUCUGUGGUGCGGGGUCAGAGGUCGUGGGUGUGGAGUCCCUGAAGCCCGGCGGCGUGCGUUGGCUGGCGGUCUGCGUGUCUUCAGGGCAGAGGAGCCUGUAAGCUGCAGAGGAGUGACUCAGAGCUCUGAGUCUGCUGCCGACUGAAAGGAGAGAAAAACAUGAAGAACAUGAAAAACAGGCAGACAGAAACACUUAGAGCUGCUGCUGAGGGACGAGCACGCUCAGUCAGUGUGUUGGCGUUCAGAAAAUUAAUGCCAUGUGAAAAUAAUGUUCCAUAUUCAUCGGUGUUAUCAAAUUCUUAACCUCCUACAGCCUCUGCUGAAGAGGAUCUAAACCUGGACUGCAGAGAGCUCAGAUCCUCAAAUCUGGUUCAGACAAAAUGACAUUUUUUGACAUUAACAAACAGGAGGCCCAGACCUUUGUUCAGAGAGAGACAUGACACCCCCACCCCGCUCCUUCCCAUGCUCUCCCUGAUCUCCUCUCUUCUCCUCCUGCUUCUCCUCCUGCUUCUCUCACUGCUCUCUUCUCUCCUCUCCUCUCUUUUCUCUACUCUCCUACUGUCUAAUCUACAUCACUUUAGUGUUUUCUUACAGAUUUUAUCCAGUUUCUCACCAUCUCUUGGUUUCUUCCUGUUUUGAAGUUUCUUCUUCAUAUAAAAAUUUUUAAAGAAUCAAAAUUUGGCCAAAACACUGAACACAGAAAGAUUCAGUCUGUGGUUUUAAUUUGAAAGUGUGUGUGUUUUAUUCUAAAGUUGUGCGUGUUUAAUAUGAAGGUCAGUGUUUUAUUCUAAAAGUGUUUGUUUUUUUCUGAUAUUAUAUGUUCUAUUCUGAAAGUCUGAGUUUUAUUCUGAGGGUAUGUUUUAUUUUAAAGGCUUGUGAUUUAAGGUCCUUACACACCGGGAGUGACACAAAUAUACGACGCGAAAUUCCGAAAUAUUCAGAGGCGAAUUUUGAUGCGCCUGACUAUACACAUCAAGUGCGAUGCGAUUUUGCAACUUUCCAGGGGGAAAAAAGACGCAUCCCAGGUGGAAGCGAGAAGACUGACACAACACCAGACUGAGUGUUUUCAGUUCUGAUGAGACACUAGUGUUGAGAUGGCUGUCUGUCAUGAUAGCAUGUACUGAGUCAGGGCCAGUACCAGAUAAGCACAUUAAACUAUAAUCCAAAAAACCUAAGGUAACAACCGGUAACAACUUGUAUUGACAGGAUACGGGUUUGAAAAAAAAUACUGACGUCUGAAAUAAUCGCACGAAAAAAACGCUCCCAGUGUGUAAGGACCUUUAGUCUUAAGUUAUUUUUUAUUCUGAAGUUUGUGUUUCAUUCUGAAGGUGCUUGUUUUAUUCUGAAAGUGUGUUUUAUUUUGAAGCUGUGUGUUUAUUCUGAAGGUCUGUGUUUUAUGCUGCGGUCGAGUUACCUCAAAAGUCAGAAGUUUGAGCUGUAAAUGACGUCACACCCGAGAUACCAGCGUUUCAGUUACAGAGUUGAAAAGAAGCAAAAUCAGAGGCGUAAACAAGAUGGCUACCUCUACAAAAGCUAUUUUAGUUAUUUCUGCCUCCAAAUUUGUUUUUUUCCAACUUGGUAACUGAAAUGCUGGGAACACAGGUGUGACGUCAUUUUCAGCUCCGACAUCUGACUUCCGAGGUAACUUGAACGCAGCAUUAUUCUGAAAGUGUGUGUUUUAUUCUGAUGGUGUGUUUUAUUUUGAAGGUGUGUGAUUCAUUUUGACGGUGUGUGCGUUUCCUCCUCAGCUGUCCCACUCCAGGCUGUGAUGGCAGCGGUCACGUCAGUGGAAAGUACGCCCGACACCGCAGGUACGACCAUCCCCAUGUUUCAGGCUCUGAUGAGGAUAAACAGAUGAAUGUAUAGUUGAAGGAGUUCUGUAUCUGUGUGAACAUCUAACAUAGAGCAUAAAUGAGCCUUAAGAGUCCAGGAUAAGGUCCAAAGUGGAGCUUAUACCCACCCAUGCUGAUGAGUGGAAUUGUAGUUUUCAGCUCAAGUAUCCUCCUGCUGCUUUUUGUCUUCUUAUAACAUUUUAAGAUGUUUCUGCUUCAUUAUGUGAAUUAGCACAUAAGAUAAUUCUUUUAGAGUUUGAUACAGCACUGUGCUGAAGCUCUCUGAGUUUACUGUGGUGUUUCUUUGUUUAUGUCAUUUUUUCAGUCUAUUUAGUUUUAACAGUUUUUAGUUUUAUUUACCCUGUUUUUAAAAUGAUGCGGUAUCAGGGCUGAGUAAUCUGAAGCUGGAAGGAGAUGUCUUUUGUUUUUGUCUGGAGGAGCAUUUGCACCACAGUGUGAACAGAUUAAAUACCUGAAAACACACAUGAAUAUCUGAAUGACCAAGACUGUGGUGGAGCAUCCUUCUGGUUUUUCUCAACAGACUGUUGAAUAAUUACUGGAGGUAGGUGAGGUUACCUGUAGUCCUCCUGUCCGAAUCACCCCAUAAUAAUUCGGCUCCUGUCAGUUUCCGAAAGCGCCUGGAUUGAUGUGGUUUGCAGGUUUUUUGCCUCCAGCUUGGCGAAUCCGGCUCUCUGUCACUGGAAAACCAAUCAUGCCGAGUGUGGAGCUGUGAAGUGCUCCGGUCACACCGACUGCUGUCUGUCCUGCAGCUGGAGGGGUCAGAGAGCUGGAUGAGUCCUGCGUCAGAUCACUGCACCUUUGGAAACAAUGAAUUACCGACAAACACAAAGCAGGUCUCUAACCCCAACCAUAGCUUUGUAGGAGUCACUUCCAUUUCUGUCCUGAGUCAAACCUGAGUGAGUAAAGCCGCAGGAUCAUUUACGGCAACAGAGGGAACACACAGCUUUAAAAGUGGACUUAAAAACUUCCACAGACUGAUUUUAUUCAUGCAGUAAACAAAACUCUAAACCUGUUACAGAUGAAUGUUUCCUAAACCUCUAUUGCACGUACUUUAAUUAUAUUUUAAAUACAAAACCAACAAAAAAAAAAAAAACAGAAAAAAAAAACAAGGCUGUGGGGGAGGAAGUUAAGGUUUUCAUUAAGACACAAACUUCCUUUAAGAAACCAAAUUUGAAGUGUUUUCAGGUCAUUUUCAAAAAUCUGUACUGUGUUAGUGUAAGAGACCAUGUGUGUUCCUGUGUGUAUCUGUGUGAGCGCAUGUGUGUGUGAGUGGGAGGCUGGCACAAAGGGGUUGCGCGGCUCAGGACAGCGGUGGUUUGGCGCCUGAGGUAACAGAGAGAUAAUGAGAAGGGCAGGAUGGCAAAUCGCUGGCAGUGCAGACUGAUGGUGCUUUGAAGGGCACAAAGAAACUCAGGAAAUUCCAGCUUCACACAUACGGCGCCAAGACAACAAGAAAUCCUCAGAAAAUACCUAAAAAUACCUAAAAGAUGGUUUUCACAUCAUAGACUUGCCAAAUCUGAAAAAUAGAUUUGAAGAGGGGAAUACGAGACAAAAUCUGCAGCUAAAGCAGCAAAUUCCUGUUAAAUUUCUGCCUCCUAAAUUAAACUUUAGUGCACCUUUUCUCAACCAUCUCGUCAUGUCCAACCUUUUUAGUAACCUGAUCCUUUGGAGGAGCUGACACAGUUUGUUAGCUGUGUGCUCAUUUCUGGUGAAGCUCCUCUGCAGGAAGAUAAAGAGCUCCUCAGCUCAGUUAUAGUUAAUAAGGAGUCAGGAGACAGCCGUCUGUUAAAUAAAGAGUGUGAAGUUGUUAUCUAAUUAGCAAUCAGGCUAACGAGCCGACAUCAGAGAGUGUUUAAGUCUCUUAAUAACUAAAUGAAAUUAUUUAUGAAGACAGAACGCCUAACGGCAAACAACAUGCUAAAAAUACUCUGAUCAUAGGAAUCAUUAUUCAUAAGUCAUGACUCCUCCGAGCCACCAGGAGGCAGAGUGAGACAGUCCAAUCCUACAAAACCCUGUGCUGUGUGUCCACCCUCAGCUUGUGAAUUUAUGUGAAGCUGAAAAUCUGUUUUAAAUUUUCCAGCUGUUAAAAAGAAAAAAAUAAACAUAUGAUUCUCAGGGACUUCCUGGGCGCGAUAUUUUUUUUUGUAGGAGGCGCCUCCUUCGCCUCUGAUUGGCUAGAAAAGCUGUAAAUGUCAUCACACACUCAAGCCAAACGUGGGCUGUCGGCUCUGUACAUCAAACAGAACAUUACAGAACAUUAUCACACCUCUGAAUCUCUUAACCCUAACCCAAAAGACAAUGACGUUUCACAGUCAGUAGGAAUAACCAAUUUGAGCCCAGCACUUCUAGCCAAUCAGAGACGAGGGAGGGCGGGAUCCUUCCCUACCAUCCUACAAAAAAAAUUAGCUUCCUGGGCUUUAGUAGCCAGCCUCAAGUGGAAACUAAGGGAACUGCAGUUUUUAAAGAUCGAUAAAACAGAAUAAACAGAUUUAAAAUCCUGUGAAAAUAUACUAAAGUUUUAUUUCUGACAUAUUUUUCACUAUAAUAUUGAUUUAUAAUAUAAUUAAAAUUAUAGAUUGGUUGGCUGUUGUGGAUAUUUCCCACCUUUUUUAAUCAACAAACUGUGGUGGAUACUUUAUCAGGAGCUAACAAAGCUUUAAAGCUGAUAGUAGGUGAACUGGGCCUUCAGGUUAGUUCAGACCCUUCAGCUUUGUGUUGGUACCUCAUCUCAUCCUGGAAAGUUUCUGUUCAGCACCAACAAUCCGUCACCUCUAAACCAGUCUGCGGGAUUAAUAUACACACGGCAGAUCAGUAACAAAAGCAUGUGACUUCCCCCCCCCCCCCCCGUACACCAUACAUAGACUCUACCUGGUCCACCCAAGGGAGAGACCGGAUCAAAGACCUGUGAGCCUCCUGUAAACCUGAUUUUUACCUCCGAACCAAAUCCUCAGACUCAGAGCAUCCCUCCUCCUCCUCCUCCUCCUGCUGGAAUCUACAACUUAUUGAAGCACAGAUGUAGUCCUGCUGUUCAUUGUACUGAAUGAAUUGGGGGGGAAGGGUGGGGGGAGGCGGGGGGGGGGGGUUCAAAGUCACUGUCUCCCCCUUCUCCCUCUCUCUCCCUCUCUGUUUCUUUCUUCCUCCCCUUCCUUUCUUUGUCUCUCUCUUUCUCUCCCUCUCUCUCUCUCUCCCUCUCUGGAGGAUGUCACCAUGGCGACAGCACCAUGUGGCUGCUGCAGUAUGAGGACCAGGAGGGAUGCAGCCUGUCUCCCAUGGCAACCACUAGUAUAGGAUGUGAACAUUGUGUUGCCCCCCCCACACACACACACACCCCACCCCCCAGCCCCCCCCUUACUCUUUAUCAGCCACCACCCAGUCUCCUAUAUACCUCCCCCCUCUACCCCUCCUUCCUCCGUUGGUGCCAAGGCGUUGCCACGGCAAUGAGCGUUGGCAUGUGGCGUUGCUGGUGGCGAUGAUUCUGCCUAACCACACACAGGCCUACCUGAGUGCAAUUAUCUCUGUGGGCUCGUAUUUCUGUCCCUGAAUCUCUGAUUAAAAUCACAGUCUACACCUUUAAUCCUCAGCAGAGGCAGAAAUAAAGACUUCAUUCAUGUUACAUUUCAAUAUGAGUCUGACGCUGUUUUUGUUUUAACAUCAUCUCCUGAACACAAGUGAGGGAGUGACCUGAGGUUAAAGUGAGAACAGACACACUUAAUGUGGAUUCAGACUCUGUCGCUGUGUGUAGUUAACAUGGAGGCAGUAACAGCCCCAGGCUGCCUCAUAAAGACUAUCAUAGAUUCCCAGAUGUCCAAUUAGAGAGUCCUGGAGUCUCAGUCAUGUGAUUGGGAGAAAGAAUUUGAUUCCAAAUUUCCUUGAGACCAGAAAAAGGACUCAGGUGGUCCCCACUGAGCUGACGGGGGUCUCUGUUGUACCUUGUGGACGGAGGUGGACUCUGAGUUGAUAAUUUGGAGAAAAAACAAAAAACAUUAUUAAGAAUCACUGCAGCCGUGUAAACAGGGCUUGAUAGAGCACAUAAGUUAAAUUAUUCAGGCUGAAUCAAGGAUUUUAGGGGCACAAAGAAAAUCUGUGAAAUGCCUUUUCCUUAAAGAGACACGAAAGUUUUAAGAAAUCAAAGAUUAAAUAGAAUAAAAGUUAUUAUUAAACUGUAAUUCAAACAUUUGAACUCAAACAAGUGAAGGUCUGAGGGUCUGACCAGGGAGUCUCUAAAACCAGUUCUUUAUUUCUGCCUGUCAGUGAGGUCUCUUGCAGCAGCUGAAGUCUUUUCUACUCCAUUUCUAAUGUUUGUUUUACCUUUUUUUAAAGCUGUGACAUCUGACCCGAUUGAACAUCAUCUCUGCAGUUUAUCUGCAGUCCUUCACUUUUCAGCAGCUCUUAAACAUGCAGUAAAACAUAUACCCUAGCUAUAUGUCCAUGUAUUAGUUUUCUAUCAAUUCAAACCUUCAUUAUUUUAUUAUUUAAUCUUAAUCUCCUCAGAUCAGACUUUGUCCAUUACAACAUUAACCCAUUUUCACCAGACUGCUUUCAAAAUAGGAGAGACGCUCUGCUGCUAAACCGUGUCAUAAAGUACAGAAAAAUAAAUCUCAUGCUUUUAUGGCUGUUGUCUGUUGUCUAAGGACCAAAGUGCAGACCUCGGCCUGGUCAGUGCUGGUCUUUUUAUCUCAAACUUGUCAAAACUUGGUGCCAACAUGUACUUUUACAGAGAUAAACAGAUAAUUCAGCCCACUGCUGCCCUCUUUAAAAUGGAUCUAGGAGAAUCUCAUCCCUGAGUAGUGACCGGCAGGUGUUCCAGACAGGCGCUCUAACAUUUUACAUUUUAACACCUAUUUUCACUCAAAUCUGACCUAAACACUAAAACCGUUGAGCCCUGUAAACGGACUUUAGAGUUCCUUGAAGACCCAGAAAACUUCUUAUAAUUAUUCUAAGAGUCAAAAACUGAUUUACAGUUUCCCCUUUGGGAAGGAAAUGGACCUCUCAAAAUUGGGCCCGAAGACCUCUUACAGGGUCAGGGUCACUUAUUAGGCGGUGCUGGCCUGGAGGUCUUAAGUGUGCCUGAUAUAUGUGGGCAGCGUGUUGCUGCUCCUGUUCUCUACUCCAUCCACCAUCCUGUCCUCCCUGAAUGUGUCUGUGGAUCUGUCAAUCGUCCGAUGGUGCCUCCAGUGUCUAACACCAGGAAGUGCAUUUCUGUGGGGAUGAAAAGUGGUCUUCAGACGUGCAAACUCAGGUUCCUUGUACAGUCAGAAACUGAGUGUGAGGACAAAAAACGGACAGCAAGUGUUCAGUCUGAGGCAGAGUGUCCAUCUCCAGAUACUUACAGGCUCUUGUCCUCCAGGGGACAGCUGACCAUUCACAGGCCACCAUCCUGUACAGUGUCCCCACACCGAGAGACAAUAAUGGACUCUAUAUUACAUAUGAAGACUAUAACUGAUCACAGGUGUCCUCACAGAGAUGAUGAUGGACCUAACUGUCCACACACCAACAUGUCUCACUUCAAAAACCUGCAGGUCCAGGUCUUCAUGAAGCUUCUCUAAAGGUUACGAGUUCAUUCAAAAAUACAUUUAUUUUCUCCCCCAUCAUCAGAGAGCGCCAGAGCAGACUGCAGAGGAGAGAGAGAGAGAGAGGGAGAGAGACCCCUCCUGCUCUCUCUCCCUCUACAUAAUUACCAUGCAUAGUCUCUCGCCCUUGUCUGCAGCAUUCCCUCGUUUCUGAUCUGCUUUAAUUACCACCAGAAUUUUAAUUGGCGGGAGACAGCAAGGUGGCUGAGGUCACACACACACACACACACACACACACACACACACACACACACACACACACACACACACACACACACACACACACACACACACACACACACACAGCAGAGCCUGACAGCCUAUAAGGUAAAUGAUGGAGGGAUCAUUUGAGGAUAGAGAAGUGUGUGUGUGCUCAGGUGUGCAUGUGUGUGUGGGUGUGUGUGUGUGUGUGUGUGUGUGUGUCAGCCCUCAGCCCAUCUCAGACCUGUUUACAGGUUUAUGGCGGUCUGACACAUGAAGUGCUGCAAAGUCAUCAACAGACUGCUGCAGCUCGUGUAAUGGGAAAAAUGUUAGACAUUUUAGUGAAUCUGUGCAGAGAAGCAACAAGAAAACCAACGGACUCAGAUCCAGAUCUGGUUUGCUGUUUGGACACCUUUUUGAUCCUAAUCCCAAACCAGGUCUCAUUUUUCACGUUUUUACUACAGUAUCAACAGGAAUAGGGCAAAGUUGAUGGACUCUGUGGAUUCAUAUAAUCUGGUGUGUGAUCAGGUUUUUCCUUGUAGUAUUUUGUAGGACCUAUAUUUGUUUAUGUAAUAACAGCUGUUGUUGUUAAGUUUUUACCACUCAGGAUCAAGGUUCUGGUUCAGCCUGUUAAUCAAUUAAUGGAAAGUAGACCGUUUUUGGUGCAGAUUGGUCCCAGGUUGUUUGGUUCUGGAGAAGGAGGUGCUGUCAUAGGUUCUUGGAGCAGGGCUGUAAAGUCCUAGUCGACUGGUCGACUUGUUGGUCGAUACGUGCUGAGUCGACUCGAUUUUUUUCAACUUACAGUCUAUGGUAAAUGUCAACAGGAGGACUGUACCAAGUGCUAAUGGGGGUGUUUUCACAGCACCCCGUUUCAUAGAUAACGACCUGUCUCAGAACACCCCCCUUGUUUUCACCAUUUUGGAUUCGCCCAACCUACUGAAGACCGUCUGAAGAUUGAAGAGCGUCCACGUUAAUUUGCGUCCGGUGGUUUGCUCAAUAUUUAUGUUUAUUUUGAGCGUUUCAACUUUCACGUGAGUUUUCCUCUACCAUCCAUGUCAAAGACACCGGCAGCGCUCCGCCGAGCCGCGUCGCCCCCGGCCGCAGAAGGGUUUGCAGUUGUCGAUUUUUGGUCGAAAAUUUCAAGGUUUUAGUCGACCAAGAAUUUCUUUGGGUGAUUACAGCCCUAGUCUGAGUAAUGCUCCAGUUUGUUUAGGGUCUCGGUUUCAUACCUUAGAUUAUGAUAAAGUCGUCAGAGUUGGUUUGAUGGAAGCUGGACUUCAGGCUCUCAGCUGAAAGUCUUUUGGUUGCUUUCUGCUUCUUUUUCCUUAUGAAGUUUAUUAAAUAUGAACAAUCAUAUUUAUUGAAACUAUAACAGCGUUUGCAAUGAGAUUUAUCUUUCAUAUUUACCUGCUGACUCACUGCAGCUUCAGUCAGACUGUCUGUGUCUCUGUAGUCCUUACUGGCUUUCUACAGUAAUUGUUCAGUUUCCUUUAAAAAGCAGCUUAAACUGAAACACUGUGGUGGGAAAGUGGUCACAGUGUCACAGUGGUGGUGACUUUGGUUGAGUUGUAUAUUUUUCCGCAGCAGCAGGUUUGUCGGACAGACUCUCUGAUUUCAGUCAGUGAAACAGCGUCACCUCCUCCAACUCGCCCUCCAAACACAGAAUCAGCUCUUUCAUAUGGAAAUGCUCUAAUUGAUUUCCUAAAAUCCACAUUAAAGCCCUGUAUAAUUGUGCUGGCUGUUUUGGAGCAAUUAAAGCUGAAUUUUCCCAACAGUUAAUGACUAUAAUGGGAUUUGCGUAAUUGAGGCCCCGGUUGAAUAAGCUCUGGGUUUUUCUUUUGGAGGCUGAAUCUGCUCCUCGGCGAGGGCGAGGGGAAAUCCACCGCAGAGUCUGAACACACGCUGCACAGCAGAGAGGGAACCAACAGUUUGACCUUUGACCUUUACACACAAAGCUGCCCCCCGACAGACCCUCUGAUACUGACAGAAUAUAGCGACAUGAGACUUCUGCUGUGAUAUUUAUGGUUUAAUAAAGACUGUGGACUCAGAGAGAGGAUGACAGUGAGGCUAAAGAUGGAGGGCUCCACCUUAACCUCAGACAUUACUCUGACAGUCCUCUGAAGAAAGACCUCCAGCUUUAAAAAGAAAGACUCUUAUUUUUUACAUUUAUGUCUUAAAGGGAUAUUUCAGUCUUUUUUAGGUAUGUUUGUAUGAGUUAUGUGUUUAAACUGUUUAUGACUGUUUAUGACUGUUUUAAUCUAGGGUGAUCAUACAUCCUCUUUUUGGGGGGCUGUCCGGGUUUGUCUGGCUUUGUAUGGGGAAGUUUAUAAAUCCUUUAAUUGUCCGCGGUUUCGUCCGUAAGAUUCGAGUUUAUGCCACGUGGACUUACUGAGUUAGAAGCGCGUAAAAGACACUCGAUCUGCCUGAAAAACUCUCAAAAUUAACUUCAUGCGACUCUGUGACUCCGCCCCCGUGUAGUCGUGUCCUCUUUAGAAUAUGGUCACCCUAUUUAAUCAGCAGGGGUGUCAGUCUGCUCGGCUACUUUAAUUCAAAGAGUAAUUCACACAAGCUAGGCUACAGUUUUCAGAUCAAACAGAGCCCGUGGACCAGGGGACUGAAUCCUGAUGCUGUAAGAACGCAGAGAGCUGACUCUGACGACGCUUUUGUGUGGUCAAAUUGUUUACAGAUAUAUUGUUUUAUAUUGAUAUCUUAUUCUAUUUCAUUAUAUAGCAUCUUAUAUAUUUUAUUACUAUCACAUCUCAUAGUAUCAUUGGAUUGUAUCUAAUCAAAGAGGGUAGUUUUGUGUUGUUGAAUUUACUGUGUUAUCUUGUUGUGUAGCAUCUUGUUUCACAUCACUGUAUGGAGUUGUAUCUUGCGCUGUUGUGUUAUAUAUCAUUUAUAUUAUUGGUCACAUUUAUUACAUUGCAUCCUGUUGAAUUUAAGUGUAUUGAGUUGUUUUAUAUCACAUAGUCUUGUAUUUUUUUAUCCAGAUGGUUGUAGCAUCAUAUCCUAUCAUACUAUACAGUAUGUGGUAUUGUAUCAUACAGUGAUUUUUUUUAUCCUGUCAUAUAUUCAAAGUUCUUAUCGUCUCAGUCAUUCAAUUAUCAGGAUUAAUCAAGACUCUCACUCUGGUUUGGGAGAAAUCAAACAGGUCUUUCACCGAGCUCACUGACCCAGGAGAUUUUUUUUUGUCUGUUUGUGAAGCUGAGCUGGUUCAGAUCUUUGAGUGUUAGUCUGACUGAAUUUUUUGAGAAAUUUGACCUCAGAGUUGGCAGCAGUUAGGAGCAGAGAGAGGAGGUGAAGAUGAGGAGGAACAGAUCAGACAGGCUAGAGGAGAACAGUUAGUAGCAGAGAGAGGAGGUGAAGAUGGGGAGGAACAGAUGCUGACUAUGUUUGUGCCCUCUGUCUCACCUUAGCGUCUACGGCUGCCCGCUGGCCAAGAAGAGGAAGGCUCUGGAAAAACAGCCGCUGGAACCUGCUGCCAAAAGGAGGCCCUUCCUCACUUCCCGCCCAGGGGAGGAAGAGGAGGGAGAGGAGGACACCGGAGCCUACGCCAACUAUGAAAACCAAGCCAUGGAGGUCGGGCAGGGGGGGAAGGAUCAGGAGGAGGUAGUUGAGGAAGAUGAGGAGGAGGAAGAGAGAGAGGGUGAUGAAGAGGAAGAUGGAGAUGGGGAGGACGAGUUCUCCGAGGAGGAGCAGGGGGAGGAGGAGGAAGAAGAGGAGGAGAUAGAAGUGGAGAGAUCAGACACGGGGAUGGGAGGAGAGCAGGGAGAGGAGGAGGAGGACGAGGAGGGAAUGGAGGAGGAAGAAGAUGUAGAGGACGGGGAUGAUGAGGAGGAGCAGGAGGAUGAGGGGGAGGAAGAAGAGCAAGAGGAGGAGGAGGAAGAGGAGGAGCAGAACCGUCAGCACGGUGAGUUUCUAAAUUGAAUUUCUGCAUGUAUGAUCUUUAAGAUCACUGUGUGAAUAUGAAAGCUUCCUGUGACUCCUUUACAAUAAAAGCCUCCCAGGUUUCCUCACCACCCACAUGCUGAUAUAAAUUCAUCAGAAACAGCUGUUGACUGUUGUGAAACUUUCCUGAGCAGUAAGGCAAAAAAAGCUAAAGUUUCAGAGACGUAAAAACCAAAUAUCAAAGCUUUACUGUCUAUAACAGCCUUUUAUUUUGACACCCAUCCCACAGCAGCAGACCAGUUUUUACACCAAACUGUUUAAACCGUUUCAGAGAAAAAUGAUGAGUGAAGAUAUGUUUUCCUGUAAACACCUUACUUCAGCUGCUGACUACCUGCACAGGUACGACCUCAGCCAAAAGAUGAAUCAGCAAAACAGACCUGGAGGCAGCAGCAAGAGCUUCUUACCUCUGAAUCCACAAAGAAGAAUUAGAGUUUCCUGCACCCUCACAUAGCUCAGACUCCAGGAGGGUUCACUGUUGAGCGCCAGGCAAACAAACCCCACAGGUGUGUCUCUUUAGAGAUCAUCAACACACCUGCGAACCUUAUUUACAUUAAGAGUCGUCUGCUUUUUACUUCUCAUAUAAUAUACAUGAGCUGUCUUCAGCUCAGUGUGGCAGCAGACUACUGAACAUCUGUGCACCUGAGUGAAACCUGCCAAACCUAAUGAAGUCAUACCUGAACAGAUCAUGUGAUCACUCAGUACGUUUACAUGACACUUGAGAAAACUGAAUUAUUGCCUUACUCCGAUUAAGACCGGACAACUGAAGUGCAUGUAAACAACUUAGUCCAACUAUAAUCGGAGUUUGAGAACUCCGAUUAAGACACCCAGAUAAUGCGAUUGAAAGUGGAUUUUCUCUACCAUGUAACCAGCGUAGUCUAAUCAUGAUUGGACAAUGCAUGUGCCCGUGCACCACGCCCCUGUGACCCCGGAACAAAAACAACAGAAAAGAGAAGUAGCGUGCAUCUCAUCUGCAGAAAAAGUAGCACAUACAUCAUGUACAACAAAAACAACGCUGUACGAUGCUCCAUCUUCUUGCUUUAAAAUGCGCAGCAGCAGUUGUAGCCACUUCUGACGUCUGGCACAGACUUGUUGUUGUUAUUGGGUCAACCGGACACAGCGCCGCAGAAAAGACCCAUAUCACCCCCUAGUUUUGGGGAGGAGGACACGUUCACGUCAUUAAUUCGAUUUUCUCAGCUGCAUGUUUACGCGGACAAGGAGAGAAGUGCGAUUUGGCAAAACAAAAACAAAUUAUGAGCUUAGUCAGAUUAAGCUGUGCAUGUAAACGGACUGUAAACUCACCUGUCAGUCAUCCUCCAGGAUAGAGAUGGGAAAGUGCCUGGUUCACAAUUAAGAGCAGCUUUUAUUCACCUAUUAAGGACAUGAUCCUGGUCAUUAGAGGAGACUUGCCACCAGGUCGUGAUUUGAGGAGUUGAGGAGUUACGAUCUGAUAGUCUUCAUGAAUCCUGCUGACUCUGCAGGGUUCCUGUCAUGUUUAAAUAAAGUUGUGAACGUUAUUCAGAGAAAGUAGGAAUGAUCUUAAGAGUCCUGCAGCUCCAAUAAACUGCAGAAGGAUCCGUUUCAGAAACAGACUCUUAUUCUGAUCAUGUUCUGGGUUGGUCUGGUGUUCAGUCUGGGUUUGCAGUAUUUUAGACGUGCUGUCUGAAAGGAGGAAGAUGAUGAGCAGGAUCUGUGGUGGACCAGAUGCUCUGUGCUCGCUCUUCCUCCGUCACUCCCCCCCUGAACACCCCGCUGUCCUCAAUCGCUUCUGACAGCGCCUCACGGAUAAUCAGAGAGGAGCUCUGCAGAGUUAUUAACUCCCCCUCGUCCCCCUCCUCCCUCAUCGUCUGGGUGGACCUGUCACACGCGCUCCUCCUCGGCUGCUCCUCCUGAGAAUAUUUAUGGCUCCUGAAUCGGAGCACCUCCCCCCCGCCUCCCCCGUCUCUGUCCCUCCUGCAGCUCUAGGCUCUGCAGCUCCUGGGUGUGUGUUUUUGAGAGUAAACAGAAAUAUAAGAGCUCUUCAUCUUCUUUCCUCCUCUCUGGAUGAGCAGAUGGUUUAUUAUCUUCAGAAUGAAUCACUUCCUGGUGUUUCUGACCAAUCGCCUUCUGUCGCUCUGAGCGGGUAAAGCUGACAGAGGCUGCUGGUCGGCUCCGGCUGAGAUCGGAGACGGUUUCUUUUUGGAUUCGUGAAGUCUGAGAGUUUUCUGUUUGGUGUUUUUGUUUUAGGAGAGAAUCACUACAAACCCAGCGGACAAUCAAAGCUGCUCGCCAUCCAGAAGGACGACAACAACAACAGCUGCGCCAUCGGAGUAGGAAACGCCACUGGAGAGGAGUACGAGAACUACGACGAGCUGGUCGCCAAGUCGCUCCUCACCCUGGGAAAGAUCGCAGAAGACGCCGCGUACCAGGCCAUGACGGAGUCUGAGAUGAACAGCAACUCUUCUAACAGCGCCGGAGAGGAUGACGAUGAUGAGGAUGACGACGGCAGCGAUCAGGGUGACAGAAAGGGCGAGCUGAGCGUGGACCUGGACAGCGAUGUGGUCAGGGAGACGGUAGAUUCCCUCAAGCUUUUGGCGCAGGGUCAUGGCGCCAUGCUGCCCGAAGAUGGCUACCCAGAGGGCACCAUGGUUGAUGAUGGAGGUCAUGCUAACGGGCAGGUCAGGGUUCGGGCAGACGAGAGCGAGGAGGAGGUGUGUCUGAGCAGUCUGGAGUGUCUGAGGAACCAAUGCUUCGAUCUGGCUCAGAAACUGAGCGAGACGCAACCGUGUGACCGCCCCACCCUGCACGCUAUCCACCUCCAACAACUCCACAACCCACCAGACCCACAGAUGGUGCAUCACCUGAGCAGGUGAGUCAUCUUUAGGUUGUCUGUGAGCAGGUCUGACAUUUUAAGCCUGUAAAAAAGUCUGUCAGACUUUCGGGUUUGUCCUGCAGAACUAGUAGGAUCUGAAAGCUCCCAGACCUCCUGUUAAGGUUUUAUGCAAGGAAAUAAACCUAGAGACAACAAAGAACCCCCCUCCUGUGAGCAGCCCCCCACUCUCUUUCUGCACUAACACCUGUCCACAGGGUCCUGUAUGUGCAUGUUUCAAGAUUAUUCCAUUUUCAAUUUUCCCUGAAGAAGGUUUCUGUUUUUGAGUGCUGAAGAAUCAGACAUUUGUUCUGGUCGCUGGAGGUCACCAGAGGUCGUUUCGCCUCAUUUCUUGUCCCCCUCACCUUUUAGGUACGACAGCUGCCAGCAGGGUGGUCAGGAGGAGCCCCAGUCUGUGGAGCGCAGCUUCUCAGACAUGGUGAACCUGAUGAAGCUGGAGGAGCAGCUGAGCCCGGCGUCCAGAGGUUACCCCACCAGCUGCAGCCAGGAAGGCGACGAAGACACCACGUCGGUGGCCUCUGAUCGUUCCGACGAGACCUUCGACAUGGCCAAAGGAAACCUGUCGCUGCUGGAGAAGGCCAUCGCUCUGGAAUCAGAGAGGGCGAAGGUCAUGAGGGACAGGAUGGCCUCAGAGCACGCCUUUCCUCGCCGGGAUCAGCACCACCAUCGCGGCCAUGGUGAGCACAGCCCGAGGCUGAGCAGCGCCGCCGAGGAGCGAAAGUCCAGGAUGCACCACGAUGGGUUGAAGAGGGCGUACUACCCCAAAGGUAGGCAGAUAAUACCCACACUGAUCCUUGCUGGGUCUGUAUCUGCGCUGAGUAAAGACAUGCAUGUAUAAGAACACGUCUCUUUGUUCGGUCACUUCUGAAUCUUCGUAAAAUCAAAACAUCGUGAAGUUCCUUCAAAGACGUCCAUGUGCACGGUUUAGGAACUGGAUUUUACACUCAAAUAUUUUUACAUCUAGGGAUUAGGACUUUAGGUUUUCAUGCCAGGACUAUUUUCCUCUCAAUGGCUGGACCUCCAGAGGCAGAAUGAGUUCAGUCAGUGAUUCAGGCUGUGUGCGGCUUUACAACACCAAACUACAGCAGUAGAAACAGCUUAUUUCAAUAUUACGGAAAAGCUAUUGUCUUUUAAUUCAGCAGUUAAAUUAACACACAGCUAUAAAAGAGGCAGUGAAAACUUUUACGGGAGUCACAACACGAUGAUAAAAACAGUGAAAACACUUUUUUUUCUCACUAAACUAUCAAGUUUUUGAACUGUAUCAACAAAUUUGUCAUCUGAUGGUGUUUUUUUCUGCUAAUUCUGCCAACUUCUCAUCACCUCUUUGCCUCACAUUUGACCUGAAUCAGCUUUAACUCCAAAAAGCUGACCCCAGGUCAGCGUGGAGGAAGUUUAUCCUAUCUGCCUGACUUACUGUAACCCUCAACACUUUCGCAGCCAGAGGCGAUCAGAGCUGCAGCAGGAGGAAAAAACACAGAGCUGUAAUUUUAAUGUCUGUCUUUGUCCUCCUGAUUCAAACUUGGAGCCUCUUGUUGGGUUGGAGGAGUUUCUGUUGAAAUCCAUCCUGGUAUUUCAGAGUCGUUUUACGUGUCCUCCAAUAAGAUUACAGACUCUCACACUCUGCAUUCAAACCAACACAGUUUUUAUUUUUCUGCAGAUGCAUGGUGUUUCACUGACAGCAGCUUAUGUUGUUAAAAUAGGCCGGUGUGGGAACAUCAGACGGCCGGCUUGUCAGGCAUGAGUAAUGGAAAUCUGCACGGCCUGUUAGGAGAGCAAAUCCAUCUGUGGGACGCUCUCUGCAGCCUACUUCUCCCGUCCACUCAGAAACCACCCCAAGCCAAUGAGAAGCAGUCACCAGCCACACUGCAGACUCACAUGGCCUUUAUUCGAGCAGAGGAUGCAUUUAGAAAUCCAGAAUGAGGUGUCAGUGCACAGGAAAGCUUUUGUUAGGAAGAAGAAUCAAAAUCAGGCUGAUUUAAAGUGUCUUAUCCAGUUUGAGGGCUUCAAACUGACCUCAGCAACACAAAUCCUGCUGGUCAUCAGUAUCAAACAAGAUGUGAGACACACAUGUAUAAGAUCUGGAUGUAGACUCAAGAACACCACUAGUCACCAUAUGGGAACUGCUGACUCUAACUUUUGGUUUCCCCUGACACAUAGACAGAAAUGGAGCUGAAGCAAGUUUUUAACUGUGUGAUUCAGUGCGACAUUGUUCCCCACACAGAGCCAGUACCUGAGCAGUCUGUCUGAGUAUAUCACUGACCAUUUUAUUGAUCCAGACCUGAGCACCAACGCCCUACAACCACCAAACUUUACACAAAAACAGCAGAAACAUUUGAUAUAUUAUGGCUUUUCCAAAAUUACUGCUUCAACAGCGCCCCCCCGUCCCCCAAAACCUUACAAAAUGUAGACUGGGGUUUUAGCCUACUUGCAACAAACUUGCCAGGCCAGGGCUCGAUAGUGCGACCAUUUCACCUACAUUUGCAACAAAAAACAGAUGUGUGCGAAUUGUAAAAUGUAUUUAGGGGCACAUGUGUGCAUAAAAAAAAUCAGCCGAGGCGACACAUGUUUUUUCAUGUUAAUACCGCGGCGAAGUUAGUUUUAUGUUGGGUAUUCGACUGACAUUCACUGCGGAUCUACCGGUGUCUUCUCACUCUCCAUAACCAGUAAUGGCAACAGCAGCAUGGUUGAAUCUAUUCGCCACCCUCGCUGUCAACGUCGGGUGUUGAAUAACGGACCAUCAAUAAAUACCGGUUGAUGUUCCUAAAAAAGGUUUGAUUUCAAAUAAUACUAGGCUACGAAGGUCUGACGUGAAGACACACUCUUUAUUUCCCUAAUUUGUCCUCUAAAAUUUUUUGUGUUAAAUUUAAAGGCAACUUUUGAACAUUUUCUUUAAUAGCUUCCAUUACAUGCGAACAGCUGACCUAAAAUUGAUUUCAAAUAACAGUACUUAAGUCGUCCAACAAGACACACUUUAUUUGAUCAAUUUUUAUUGUGCCCCUAAAGUUCUGUGUGCUCCUUACUUUUUCAACUUAGAAGCACAUGUGCUCCUUCUGAAAAAAAUUAGUGUCGCGCCCUGCAGGCACAUGUGUAAUACCAAGACUUACUUACAUCAGAUCUUUUUUAUAUAGACUUUAAUCUCUGUGUUAUUUCAUAUACAUGAUUACAGCCACCUUUAUAUCCAUCUCUCAACUACAGCCAUAGUGCCACCCUGUAUAUAAUACCUGAUCUUUCCCACAGUUUACGAGUUUGAUGGUCUCAGCCUGAACUUAUGACUUAAUACAUUUUUGUCAAGGUUAUAGAGUCACUUUUUCCACUUUUUUGCAGAAUAAACUGACAGUUUUUAACCAGGUUAUAAUCAUAAUUGAAAAAUGAGCUCUGCUGAACGUUCCUGCAGAUGAUCACAUGGUUCGAGUCACCGCCCUGCCUCCUGUUUAAAUGCAGUAAUGUCAUUCAGUGUCUAUUUUGAGCUUGAAAUCAAACAUGCUAACAUUGUUGACCAAAACUCAGCUUAUACACCUUUGGCUCUUGAUUCUGUAACUUGGACAGUGGCUUUAAUAGUUUCCAUUUCGGCAACACUUUUUGGUCCCACAUUUUCAGAAAUGUAGAGCUUGAAGGAUUUGUAGAAAGAUGUCGCCCUCAUUGGUAUUCAAAAUUCAGAUUGGUCAGUUGGUCCCUCAUGUAUGGGUCCAACAGUACACUUAUUUGACUUGCUAAACAAAUCUGAGAUGGCAGAGGUCUGGAACAAAGAGAUUGGCCAAAUUCACUGGCCACAGACGUUGACAUUUGUCCUGCCAACUGUGUCUAAACUCUUGUUUCCUGUCCACCUGCCACCACUUCCCUCUCGCUCCCUUUGUCCCCCUCUCUGUCCUUUCAGACUCCUCCAGGGGGGAGAAGAAAGAGAGUAAGUGUCCGACGCCGGGUUGUGAUGGGACUGGUCAUGUGACCGGUCUGUACCCACACCAUCGCAGCCUGUCUGGGUGUCCUCACAAGGACAGAGUCCCACCUGAGAGUAGGUCCCUCUGCCUGAUGUUGUGCUGCAUAGCUUUAAAAAUCUGUCAAACAAGUCGUUUUAGCUGAUACCACAGAAUCUGUGUAAAGUAGUAGAAAAAUGUGAAGGCGUAAUUUAAACCAGCUAAAACUAUGGCUGAACUGCACUACCCAUUUGAAACAGUGGGGGCGCAAUCUGCCUUUGACUUCCAAGAUGUCUCCUAAGUCUGUAGCUACAUAGAGGCGUACAGACAUGUUGGCAGCAGGUGAAGAUGGACUGUCAGUGUCUCCUGACUCCUGGAUGGCUCGCCAAAAGAUAGUCGAUCACCCUUUAAACAUCUUUCUUUUUUUAAUCCUUGUUAGAGAUAAAUCUGUUAAUGAUAAAUGAGUGGACCAGACCUCUCUCUGCUUUAGUUUCUUCAUGCCUGUACCGUGUUUUACUGAAGCUCAAAGGCAGACAAGUAGCCUUUUAAAAGCACCCAGUCUACCCUGACUUGAAAUGACUUGUUUGAUGGAUUACAAUGGUGAAUGUUCGACCGUGUUGGGCAUGUCGGCCGUCCACCAGUCUGCAUCUUUCCUGCAUGAGCUGUGAUUUUAUUUCAGGUUUUUUACAUGUAGGUUUGGGCUGUUCAAAGCUGCAGAUGGAUUUGAGGAUGUGUUAUGGUCCAUCAGACGGACUUGAAUCAGCACUAGACAAAAUCUAUAUUUAUUAAAAAAGGUCAACUGAUGGUUAAGCCCUGACACAGGAAACUUCCAUCGGCUUAAAACCAUUUUCUUUCAGGUCUUUCUAUCAUCAGUUCAGUCUGUGUCAAAGAAAAACACGCGUUUAGAAUCAUCUCAUGUUGGAGUUCAGGACUUUUGUUCGCUUGUUUGAGUGUUUGUCUUCUUUCUCUUCUUCAUCAUUACACCUGCCUGCUGCCUGUCUGCUUUUGGUAUCUGUGCUGCUGAUGUAACAUGAACGUUUGAUCCACUUGCUGUGCUGCGCAAACUCACAAACCCGCCUGCAUGAAGACUCCUCUGAACACCCAAACCUGCAUUAAAGUGUAAGGUAGAACCGCACCAGACAACCUUGAGAGUCAGACUUGAAAAAAACAGACAAAGACAGUUGAUUACAAAAUUUAUCAGCAUCUAUGAAAGUACUAUUUCAUUGAUUCCAAGACAGGUCAUAUUUACAUGAUAACAUGUAGAUCUACUGUUAAAGUGAAGUUCAUAGUUUUAUUGCGGAAGUAGAAUUUGACAUUUUCUUGAAGUUUCAUAUUUGACAAAACAUUUAAUGAUUUAAAAUUGAAUAGCCAUAUGAAAAACGUUAGGGGAAUAGUGAACAGCAUGUUUCCAGUGUAUGUUUGAUUAUAUUUACUCUAAGAUACACAAUCGAACCAUAAAAUACAAGUUUAUCUUUAACACGUGGUGGAAAUGGAGCAUGUUUGUGUGGGAGCAUGUAACUACAGCUCAGCGUCACUAAACUAAAAUGACUCUGAAGUGAAAUAACAAACAGAGUGUUCAAACUUUUACAAGAACAUUUUUGACACAACAUUCAAUAUCAUUAACCUCCAUCUAUUCAUCACCUCACACAUUGUUCCUACACCAUCUGCAGAGCCAUCAGCAGAUCCUAACAGUGCAUGACUAACUUUUGCUUCCAGUAUGUUCUGGUCUCAUAAAAUUUCAUGAUUCAAAUGAGAUGAAAAUGUAAAUGAGACUUGUGUUCCCCAGCAGGAAAGGGUUACACUGAGCAGACAUGACAGACACACAGAGUAGUUGGUGACGGAAACACACGUUGAAUCUUCAAUCAUCUCUGUUUCAAACUUUUCUGCUGGGAGGACGUUUUCUGUCCGUCUGUUGAGCAGAAACAUGGAAAGGUGUUAAACUUCUGAGGAGGUUUAGAAGUUUUUGAUGUGGCUGCUGCUUCUUUGUACUGACCCUCUGUCCUCUCACACUGGACACUGUCAUAACACUGAACGCCUGUCACAGUGUUUGUGUCGUCUAAAAACUCCUGCGACUCCUGCAGCCGUAUACUGUCUGUGCAUGUCUAACCGCCGUAAGCUCUACGCUCAGUAACUUUCUGUCUGCUCCUAACCCUCGCUGUCUUUCUCACCUUUUCCUGUCCGUCAAAGUCCUUGCCAUGUAUGAAAAUGUUUUAAAGUGCCCCACUCCUGGCUGCUCUGGACGGGGUCAUGUCAAUAGCAACAGGAAUUCGCAUCGAAGGUGAGUGAGCGUCCUUCAGACGGGCCGCUAACAGCAGACUAAAACUGCCAACAUGUGAAUGUGGAAUAACAUGCAGUGAGGAUGCUGAAGGUUAGCUUUAGGGUAGUGGGUGUGCAUCCUCAGCACAGUCAGCUAAACCACUGGACUUUCAUGUGUGGAGGUGGGAUCCUAAAUGGCGAGACAAAAUUUAUAUACAAACCAGAAACCUCGAUUUGUUUGGUGAAAUGUUGGAGUUUGAAAAGUGAGGAUGGUUUUUAUUUUGCCUUGUAACUCAGAGAAGCUAAAAAAAUGCAAAUGAAAUCCACACUUCAAUGUAGCAUAUUAUUAAAAAAUUAUAAAACUUAUAAAUGUUUAAUAGUCUUAAAUUUUUAAAAAUGCAUGAAGUCUGUGGAAGUUUUCCUCCCAUUUUGGAUUGUCAAAAAAAAUUGAUUUUAUUUUUCCCUGUAACUCAGGGAUACUGAAUGUUGUGAUAAAAUUCUCAUUGGAGAACUGCUGGGAAAGCAAAUUGGUGCAGUUGUGACUGAGCCUUGUGGGAAAUUCAGAAUGCAGACGUUUUUUAAUUAUUGAUGGAAAAUAAAAUAGGUCCUAGCACUGAGCCUUGAGGCACACUGUCAUAGACCUCCAGAGGAGAGGAGGUGGAUCCAGCCAGGAGGAAACAUAACAGUCUGAUGACAGGUUGUUGGCAAAUCAAGAGGCUGCUUUUGUAUUACUUAUAUUAGGAAUGCAAAAUGGUGCAGUGAACCUCAGCAUUCAAACUACUACUACACAACAAAAGUGUUGUUUCAGUGCUGCAUCACCACAAUCUCUUCUAAGGUCCAUGUUUAUGAGGUUCAAAAGGCUAAAGGUUAGGAAAUAGAACGUUUUUUUAAAGUUCUUCUUUAAACCAUUCCUCUACUUAAAAUCUUACAAAGUCUUAAAGACACCAUCUGAUUACAUGUCUUCAGCCUGAAAUGAGAUCUUUGUUGAUAUGGCCUGAAAGAGCUGUUGAUUGGGAUCUACAGAGGUGUAUCUGAACCUCUGCAAAAACCUGGACCUCCACCAGGUCUGGAUCCACGUGGGAAAAAAGCUUUAAUUAAAAUUUAGGUACGUCUGUGUCACAGCAGCAGUUCAGCUGUUAGACAGACGGAGCUGAGAAAACACAUACACAAACAGACACAUAGAUAUACACACUCAGACACACACAUACACACAAAUGCACACAGAUAUUUUUGAAUUAUGUAAUGUGAUUAGGAUUUGCGCUCAUUUUCUCACUCAUAUGUUCAGCCUCAGAUCGCAGACGAACACACUGUUGGUGCGUGCACACACACACACACACACACACACAGCAAGAGACUCACAAAUUAGCUUACAGACACCAGCACAUGUGCAGACAGAGCAGCACACUCAUACACAUGCACAUACACACAAACAUGCACACACUCACACACAGGCUCAGACACGGCUGCAGGGUGUGUUAUGUAGCACAGCUCCGCUGGGAGAGGAAACAAAGCACGAGCUAGCUAGCUUAGCUACUGUUAGCUCCCAACCUCACUCAGCUUUCAUGUGUGGCAGUCGCCAUGGAAACGCCUUCGUAGCCGCAGCCACAGCAGCAGCCACCGUGCUGAUCUGUCACACACUCCACACACACUUUUCUCAUGCUUUAAAAAUGUGUCUGAGCAUCUCCAGCAGCGGUUUCUCCUCCAUCUGUGGAUAAAAUUUUGAUUUUAAAGAUGGCGGGAGACUAAGGAAGUUUUAGCUCUGACCACAGACUGUGUCCCCCCACCCCAAACUCAGACCAGAAACACCUGGAGACCCUCUCUGAAGACCAUCUGUUUGAUCAACAGGACCUUUAUUCAGAUCCACCUCCAACAGGACAAGCAGUUUCCUCAGACUCCAGUGAAACUGUUGACCUGUUUGAUGGAGAUAUGAGUUAAACCAGUUUACCCAGCAGCUGUUAACCAGUUUACCUGUAAACCUUUUAACCAGGAACCCAGCAAUCAGCCUCCAUAAAGUAGGCCAUUUUGAAUCCAUAAUUCAUCCCCAACUUCUGUUACUGACAGCUGAACCUCUCUGUAUUCAGAGGCAGAUGCUUUGGGUUUGUGAGUGAGUGUGUAUGUGUGUUUGCUCACGUGUGUGUGAGGAGUACAGUGUGUAACCAGGUCAUAUGCUGUCUCCCCCCCCCUCCCUUCCCCAGUCUGUCCGGUUGUCCCAUCGCUGCAAAAGAGAAGAUGGCGAAAGUCCAUGAGAAGAGCCACUCGACCGAAACCGGCAGCAAGACCAAUCAGACGUCAGACCGUGUCCUCAGGUACCGCCCACUUUAGAUAACUUCCUUUACCUGUCAUGCAGAGCGACCUCUAACUGUUAUAACCUUUUCAUUAGGGAUGCCGAAUGAUUUUCCAAUCAUGCCACAUACAUUCACACAUUUCUCCAUUAAUUGUUCAUGCCUUUGCAGCUUUGCAUGGUUGAUUCUACUGCAUUUAGUAGAGAUGCCAAAUAGUGAACUUUAGUCUUAAAAUGGGGACUACAGAUUAUUUGCAAAUACCCUUAACUCCCUCUCUGGUGCAGCAAAACUGACAGGUACAAAAAAGGUGAAUCUUACAUUUAUGAGGUUCCAUAAGAAAAGGACAAAAUUACAUUUUCUUGUGCCACUUAAGAUAAGGAUGCCAAAUGGUUCAGCAGUAUUUUUUUUACUUUUGAGGAAGGCUAGAUGAAUAAUGAGUUGUAAUUUUAGUACAUCCAACUUUGGAAACAAGAAAAUUUAGAUGUUGCAAGACAUUAUGGUAAUAAAUUCUUUAUUAUUAGAAUUAAGUCAUUUUGGAAAUAAGGUUACAUUAUGGGAAUAAAGUCAUGUUGUAAGAAUAAAGUUUGUGUCUUAAGUGAGGUUGUUAAAUUUUCAAACAAGUGGUGUUUUGUUAUAGGAAAAAAGUGGUUAUGUUACCAGAUUAAAGUCAUCAUGGUAUGAAGAAAAGUCAUAAUAUGGAAAAAAAAAAAAAGUCUUUGUAUUACAAUAAUAGAGUUGAAAAAGUCUGUAAAACAUGACACUAAAGGCUUUAUGUUAAUAAUAAUAAUAAUUAUGUUGAAGGUUUGGAUUGGAGUGAGUUUUACUAUUAAGAGUCACUCAGUGUUCCUUGUUGUGGAGCAGACCACUGGCUGCUCUUCUGAGAGACGCACACCUUAAAAAUGGGUCUGCUGUUAACAAAAACUCUGAUUUUUUUUUGUGAUUUUUUUUCUCUAAACAUUCUGACUUUAUUCCUGUAAGUUGAUACCUGAAUUCUUCCUGAAUGCGGCCCUGAAACCCGGUAUCAGUCACAGAGACUUUACUGGAAUCAGAAACUGAAGUGGGGGCGGUGAAGUCCUAGUAUGAACUCGGCCUUGUGCUCUUGAUUUCCCUUCAGACCCAUGUGCUUCGUCAAGCAGCUGGAGAUCCCUCAGUAUGGCUACAAAAACAACGUUCCGACCAGCACGCCGCGGUCCAACCUGGCCAAGGAGCUGGAAAAAUACUCCAAGACUAGCUACGACUACAGCGGCUAUGACAGCCAGCACGGCGGCUACGGGAAGAGAGGCCCAUCAACCAAGUCGCACCAUGGCCGAGACACCUCGCCAAAGGGAUACGACGGUACGAAAUACAAACAUUCAUCCCUUCCUGCUGAUUUGUCCUUCUCAGUUUGGUGUAGGCAAAGCUGGUCGGAUAUUUUCUGCCUCUGUUUGGGUUUACUGGUGGGAAAUUAUAGCUGGUGGUCACAAUGGUGGUUAGAUUCACCCCAAUUUCGCUAACUGAGGCAAACUUUUCGAACAUUUAGAUCAACCAUUUCCUUUUCAGCGUUCUUACAGGUUAAAUCAAAGGGACGUCUUUGUCUUCUUCAGGAUAUACAGACAGAAUUAUUCUCCUAUAGAGUUCCUCUGUUGGUUUUUCUUUUCUAGGCUGAACAUUUUGUGCCUGACGAUGAAAGCUUGACAACACACACACACACAGACACACACACUCUCACGCUCACACAUGCUCAGCGCUGAGUGUAUUCUCUUUGUUAGAGAGCUGAAAGCGCCGGUGUUUUCCGCCUCUCCACAUGGCGAGAGUGCAAGCUGAGCAGAGUUAUGGAAAUGCCGAGCUGAGAGGCUGCCUCCUCUGAGCAGAGGAUGGAGGGAUGGAGAGAUGGAGGGAGGGAGAGGAGGUGCAGAUGGAGGGAUUGUAAAGCAGAGAGAUAAUGGAGGCGAGCCCUGCUUCUUUGGCUGGGAGCCAUUAGUGAGACGCAGGCGAGAGAGGGAGGAUUUUUAGACGAGGUGUCUGCACUCCCCUUCAUCACGACUCCCUCCCUCCAUCAGCUUCGCUCUAGCCUGCCGAGCGCCAAUUCCACCGCCACCAACACCAGCAGCACACCAUCAUUACCACUCUCUCUUUCUUUGUCCUUAUUCUUUGGGGUUUAUUUAUCCCGGACUCUCUUUGUCUCCUCAUCUGAUCCUGUUUGAUGGUCCUCCUCUUAAAUCAUGAACAGACCUGAUCCAACAGUGUUUCCGUUUGUUCGUCUGCUCGCUCUCACUUCCUCCUCACUGUGACUUUCACGGUUUAUUAAUGACCCUUACUUUACUUUGGGGGGAGAGAACAACAAGAAGCAUGUCAGAUGGCUCUGUCCCACCCUGAAACAUGAUCAAAAGUAGAGAUGUGUAUGGUGUAGUAGAUCAUCACCUGUAACCUUUAGGUGAAGCAUGACUGACUCUGUACAAACAGUAACCACACAGCUGACAUAACUGGUGAACACUUGUGUGGCCCACAAGUCUCUGACAUUAACAGUUUUCUGACACUCAAACUCCUGUAAAUUAGGAGCUGUUGUCUUUUACAUUAUUGAUGGUUGAAUUAGCUGGAAGUGGUAUUAGCAUGUAGCAAUGAAAAUAGGUUUCUACUUUAGGAGUAAAUCCUGCUUCUCCCUCAGUGCUUGAAAAUACCUUGUAUCUGCUACCUUUCUUCCACUGUUGGAUUAUGGUGAUGUUUUAUAUAUGACUCCUCAGCCAAAUGCCUGCAGUCCUUAACUACUGUCUAUGACUGUGCACUGAGAUUUGUUGCUGGUUGUAGUCGCCUUACACAUCAUUGUGAACUCUAUGCCAAGUCUUGCUGGCCUUCACUGAGUACUCGCAGGUACACUCACUGGAUGACUCUUAAUUUAUAAGGUUCCUCUUGGCUUAGCUCCUUCUUAUUUAUGUGAUUUUCUUCAAAGGACUGAAAGCCAUUAUGCCCUGUGCUCAGACAACACUAUCCAUUUGAUUGUUCUGCGAAUCAGAACUGAACUGGGCAAAAAAGCGUUCAGUUUCGCUGCCACUUCAGCAUGAAAUACUCUCCAGACUGACCUGAAAUUGUCAGAAUUAAUUUCGCUGGAAAAAUUUUGUUCAAUCUUACAUGACAGAUUUUAGGAGACCAUGGAACAGUGCCUGUGUUUUUAAUAUUUCUGGAGGUCAUUGUCUUCUUCUUUAUUAUUAUUUACUAUUGUGAUGUGCGCUGCCGACCUCUUGGCCAGGUCACUCUUGUAAAUGAGAUCUCGAUCUCAACGGGUUCUUACCUGAUUAAAUAAAGGUUAAAUAAAAAAUUUGAAAAAUGACCAUGCUAACGCUUCCCCAAAGAGCCAAAAAGAGGCUGAAUUGGGGUGGGGGGACGCCAUGAUGGCGUGGAAGUCUUAGCUUAAGGCUGUAGUUCAGUCACCAUACUUUGAGUCUGAGUCACCAGAUAGCCGAGUCCCCAUUCCCAGGGUUCAAGUUCUGCUCAAGUCCUUAUAAUGGAAGUUAUCAUUUAGAACAAACAUGGUGGCUGUUUCACUCGAUACCAUAGACUGACUGAACCUGGACUGUCUAGAACUGGACUAGCUGAACCUGGAUUAUCUGGACCUGAGCUGACUGAACCUGGACUGACUAGAACUUGACUGGCUUAACCUGGAUUUUUGAAACCUAGACCGAUAGAACCUGGACGGUGGGACCUAGACUGUGGGACCUGGACUUUUUGAACCUGGACUGGUGGACUUGGACUGUCUGAACCUGGACUGACUGAACCUGUACUGUGGGACCUGGACUGUGGGACCUGGGAUCAGUAAUGUCCUCUGCUCUUUUGUUCGUGUUUUUAAAGCAGCAGAACUUUUGUUUGUGAUUUUUGAUCUCUGUAAUAAUCCAUCUGCUGCUGAGUUAGGCUGCUCGCCAGCAUCAGUCUGAUAAAUCAAAUACGUGUGUGUGUGUGUGUGUGUGUGUUUGUGUGUUUGUGUGUCUAUGUGUGUGCGCUAUCCCUCAGCUAAGCGAUACUGCAAGACGUCGAGCCCGGCCAGCAGCACGACUAGCAGCUACGCUCCCAGCAGCAGCAGCAGCCUGAGCUGUGGGGUAGGAGGAGGAGGGGGAGGAGGAGGUGGAGGAGGAAGCAGCGCCAGCAGCACCUGCAGCAAGAGCAGUUUCGACUACACCCACGACAUGGAGGCGGCGCACAUGGCAGCCACCGCCAUCCUCAACCUAUCAACGAGGUGCCGGGAGCUUCCUCACGCUCUGGGAGGGAAACCCCAGGACCUGCUGACACAGGUAGAUGGAGCACACCUGCUUCUGCACGCCACCACCACACUCACUUAGAUGAUAACACCAGAAGAGGAGAGGAGGGGGAAUAUUAAAGGCGAUAAUGACCUGAAACAAUGCCUUGCUGUGGUCUAUUUUUUACCAUGAUGAGGUCAGACAGGGCAAACCUUGGUUGUGUCGACUUUCUUUUCGUUGACAUGUAAAAAUGAUGUGUACCCACCAAACUAAGCUUUGAGAUCUGGGAACUCUGUAAAAAACCUCCAGUUCAGCUGAAAAUACGUCAAAAAUUGAUUCCAACUUUAGCGUGUCCCAUGUUUGGGGUCUGUGGUCUGUGCAGCGGUCGCGGGUACGAGUCCAGCCCUGACCAUGUGCUGCAUGUACUCUCCCCUCUCUGUCUACCCCCCCCCAAAAAAAAACAAAAAACAAACUUAAAAACAAAAUAAAAUAAAUUCCAACUGUGUUUUCCCUCAUAUCUGUUUGGAAGUUUAAUCUUGUGAUGACAGUUUGGACUCUUGAAUAAAAUCUUCUUCUCCAUGUUUCCAGAUCUCAGCAGUCAACUUGGUGAGUACAACAUUAUUAUUACAACUAUAAAACCGAGAAAGCAGCUGCCGAGAGUCGAGGCAGAGAACUGAAAUGAGUUUCAGCGGUAUGAACCUGAAACAGAAACUGUUUGUUCUUGUAAAGUGUUCUCCUCUUUAACGGAUCUUCAGUUUGCAGAAAUGACAACAUCAUGAUGCAGAUCAUGAUGGUCAGGUCAGGUCUAUACUCAAGAGGAGAAGAAAAUGACUCUAAAAAUGUUGGUUUACUGAAUGGAAGUCAGAUCCAUCACUUCUGAUGCAUUCAGGGAGGUCAGGAAAUCUAAACUCUGAUUGUCUUUAGUGUGUCAGCAUCAGUUAGAAAAGUGUCUCAGUGUAACGCCGAAAAACCCAUAGGAUUCGUGUCGUAGCUCCAUUUGGGAAGUGCGUCACCACCCACUGGAAGAGUGUUUGUAGCGUAGCAGCAGUAUAGUGCAGCUCUGGUCAGCUGGACUCAGUAAAUAGAAAACAAGUGUGACGCUCCCUGUGUGUGAUGCUGCAUCAAAUAGAAUGGAAACGUAUUUGCUGCAGAGCGCAGGACGCUGACGGCACUCAACACGCCUUCUGUGGGUUCUGGGUGUCAACGUUUGUUGGAGUUCCGAGAGUUGGCAGCACUUCUAUAAAGACAUCUGUUUAUAUAAAGAAAUGGGAUAUCACUAAUUGGGGCAAGGAUACCGUCACAGUGGUGUGUUCUGCCUGCUUUUGCUUUGAAAUCUGAAAAUCUUAUGUAGUAAUUUGUCAAUUUUAAAAAAGCAACAAGCAUUCAGAGUGCAGACAACACAGUCAAGUUUGCUCAUACAAAUCCUGUUAUUCUGUUGUACUCUAUUUGACUCUAUUCUUUUCUAUUCUAUUUCAUUCUGGUGUAGAAGUCACGAACCAGUGAUCCCUGCUGGCCCUGAUAAUGUGCUCUGUCAGCUGGACCUGUUUUUUUAAGAUGGCCAUCAGGAUCGUAGAGGAAACUUUCAGACUGAGAUAAUUUCAUGAGAUCUUUUCCCUGACUCUCUCUAUAUCAGAGUCCAGUUGGCGACCUCGACGACAGCGGCACCAUGGACAUUGCUGGUCAGCCCGGAGGUCCAGAGGGCAGCGGAACGGUGCUGACCCCCCUGCAGCCGAUGUCCCCUCAACGUCAGGCGCUGCUCAGCAGCCGCUGCUAUCAGCUGAGCGACACAGACUGCUGGGACCUGCCUGUGGACUACACCAAGAUCAAACGACUGGGAGACGAGCAGGACCACAAAGAGGUAACAGGAAGGUCUACGUCAGACUGAACAGUUUAUGGUCUAUAACAGUAAAGACUAUCAAAGAAUUAACAGAUUACAGUCUGUAGAUUAAAAAAAUAUUUUUUUCAUAAUCUAACCCUCCUCAGAGGUCUACAGUCAUUGUUACAUAAAAGAGACCUGAUGGUAUAGAGCUGCCAGCGAGCAUUUUCAAAAGUUACAUAAACCAACAAAAACUUCACUAAAACUAUCUAAACUUAAUAAAAACUAACCAAAACUUAAUAAAAACUAAAAGAAAAUUACACAAACAUAACAAAAACUUUACAAAAACUAAGGAAACUAAUUAAAUCUCAAGAAAAAUUGCACAAAAAAAUCUGAAAACUAUAGAAAAUUUACAAAAACUAAUGAAAAAUUAUUUAAAAAAUAAUGAAAACAACGAAAACUAACAAAAAUGAAUGAAGGCUUAAAGAAAAAUAAAGAAAACUAAUGAAAACCUAACAACUAACAAAAACUGGAAAAAAAAAAUACAAUGAAAACUAUGGAAAACUAACAAAAACUGAAGAAAAAUUACAAAAUUGAACUAAAACUUAAUGACAACUAACAGAAACAUAACGAAAACAUAAUGAAUACUUAACAAAAACAAAACAAAAACAUAAUGUAAACUCAAAAAAACUAACAAACAAAAAAGAAAAAUAAUGAAAACUUAAUGAAAAAGGAGCAAAACUUAAUAAGACUAACAAAAACAAUCGAAAACUAACAAAAACUUCUGCAAGUGAAGAAAACUUAGACGCCAAAGUAGUAGUAGUAGAUAAGAUGUUUGUAGUUUUAUAAAGCGCCUAUUAAUUAAAGAUACUGCAAGAUUUUAAGACGAAGGCAUUAAAGGAUGCAGAGAUAAUACUCUAAAGUUUAUAAACUUCAUAUUUAUGGAGCUAAUUCUUCACAGAGUCUGAGUUUAUAAAGGAAGCUAACACAGAUCAAUGACAUAGCUCAUAACUUUGACACCUAAAGGCAGUUUCAUUUCUUUAGGGGUAUGUGGGACGUUUGGGGUCACCUCAGGUCAAACUGUCUAAAUAUGCAGAGUUACAGGGCCCAGACAGGAAAAUAAGUCACAUAAAAAGACCAAAAUUCAAUCAUCAUUAAAUGUUACACAUGUGCCAAGCUCUGCUUUUACAGCCCUCAUUAAGAGUUUAACCUCCUCAUUUAAUAUUUAGGCCCAGUGUCCCCUAAUUAUCCAGACUGGGGAGAAUUGAAAGCAUGAAAAUGAGAGAUUUAAGGUGGCCUGAGUUCAUAUUUAAGGAUCUUUGCAUAGAUUAAGGGGUGAUUAUAGAUGAUAAGCUGUUUAAAGGGAUGAUGUCUACUGAUGCACAGCAGAAAAGCUCUGUAGUGAAGUUGUGGACUUGUUUUGCGAGGGUGUACUACCAGUUGCUUGUACGCAUAAAUUUUGCAUCACUUUACAUACAUCAGAGGGAGAUUUGUGUGUGUGCGUGCGUGUUUACCUUCAAUAACUGAGGGCAUCAGAAAUGUACAGAACGGUGGAGCUUGCCAAAGUUGUGAAUCAGAGCUCAGUUUUUGUGGAUGUUUCUCAGCCUGGAGCUAUGACAUGGAAAUAAGUACAAACAGGAGAAGUAAUCAGAGAGGUGAGAGACAGGAGCUGCAGCUGCAUGAACUGUUUUUCAUUCUGAUGAGACUCAUUCUGCUUUUUAAAGGUUUUAAGUACCUGUCUGCAGCAGCUUGAAGCUCUAAGCAGUCUGGACUUUUCUCUCUGUGGAGUUUACUUACAACAUCUUAAACCAGUUUGGGCCUUUUAAACUGGCUCCAUAUGAACAAAAGCUAAAGAGCACAGAGGUUCUGAGCAUAGCGUGAGAUGAAGCUGUUUGAUCCUGUUUGUAGGUUUAUAACAGUCCCAUCGAUCACACAUUGAGAACUACAGCAAAUCCUUUAAGUUAGACCUGUAUUUAAGUCAGACCUCCAGCUCAGGUACAAACCGGCUCCUCUGUGGGGGUCACACCUCUGAUAUCGACUUGGUGAUUACCUGACUUUCAGACUAGGAUUAUGUGGCACCUGCUGUGUUCUGCUCAUUAUGUAGCGCACCCUUUAUUUCUUUCUAAAGAGCAGAGGAGAGAGAAGGAGGAGGGAGGAGAGCAGGGAGAGGAGUAACCCCCAAUUUCAACCACAUCUGGAACAGCUAUGAAAAGGCAGCAUCUGCUGAUCACAGCUGAUCGUGACCAUUCAAGUUUAUGUGUCAAUUUCCACAGGCUUCUUUUUGUUCUGCUGCGGAUCACCGGACUCCGCAGCUGAUCACAAGAGUUCUAUUUUUCCCGGACGCUGGAGCAUGCAGGAUAAAUUUAGCACAGAUUAAUCCAUGCUAGAAAGGAAGUCGGGCACAGACACAAAAUAAAACAUCGAUUCAUUAACAUUACAAUUACACCAUAGAUGAGUAGAUGCUGAUUUUAGAAUUCUAGAGGUGGAUUUCCUCCUCUGGAAGGACGCAGUCUACUACUUUUAUGGUUAGCCUCUUUGGCUGUCUUUAUAGAGACAAAUCAUUAUCACACAAUUACACAUAAAUCUGCGGGUUCUUGUGAGUUCUCGUGAUUACUGCUGUCCGUAAUCCGCCUCAAAAUUCGCCUCACCAAUGGAUCCAGUAGGAAUUGGCGGACGGCGAAAAUCGCAGCUGUUCCGGAUGCGGUGAAAAUUGGGGGUAAGAAGAGUGCAAAAACCGCUGUCAGUGGACACAGGCCCUUAAAGAGUAUUUUCCGAGGUUGUGGGAGAUUUGGAUCAGACAUUUAAAAAGCUGGUUUGGAUUUAAAGAAAUAUUUACAUUCAGCAACAUUACACUGAUCCUCAUACAAAAUAAAUCUGAAUUUAAAAACUUUUAAGAAGAAUUAGAAGAAAGUAAAAAAGUGAGAACUAAUUUAGGGGAGAACUCGCUCACUUAUUACUAACAGAGUGACAACAUGUCUGUCAAUCAGAUAUGUCAUUCACUUACUUGAGACUUUUAUGUAUAAAAAUGAUCAUCAGUUAACUUUAACUUACUGAAAAUAAGAAAUAGAUCCUAACUUAAAAAAAAAAAUCAUAGGUCAGAAAAAUAAGUUGGAGUUGAAAUGAGUCAAAACUUUCCUCUGAUCGUGGUAUUAGAACCUCUCAUUAAAACAGAUUCAUCCAUCUCUGCAGCAGGCUCAGAGCGCCCUCAUGUGGUCAGCAGCAGCACUGUGUGCAGCUCUCUGUAUGAGCUGGAGUGUGCUGCAUCAGGCAGCUGAAUGACUCUAACAGAGGAGUGACACGGGACAGAUCCUCUGCUCACUGCAGACCCUGACUGAUCCGAUACUGCGCUGAACAAACCAUCCAGUUAAUGAGCCUUUUACUGUCCAGAGUUAGGGCGCCGCAGUGAGAGGGUUUAAUCAGGAGGGUAGAUGAGUUUGUUAAUGAAGUACGACGUGGAGGAGACGGAGGAGGAGCAGGGGAGGAGAAGGAGGAGGAGGAUUAGGGGAGGAGGGGGGGCACUGAUGCUGAUGAUGGUGUUGUUCGGAUUUUCUGCAGACAGACCUGUGAGUGAUUCCUGCUCCCUGCUGAGGAGGAGUGAUGUGAGGACUGUAGAGCAGCCUGCAGCACACACACACACACAAGCACACACACACACACACACACACACACACGUUUCAUCAGGAGUAUGCGCAGCAGUGUUUCCUUCAUCAGCGCUGAUAUUUGAACAAACUCGUCAUUCAGUCUUUAGUUUUAUCACUAACUCGGUUACUGUGCAGUUGUCAGGUUAAAUGCUUCACCUUCUGAGCUAAAAAAGAUCCAGUUACAAAUUGUGCCACACAAAAUAAAAGACAAUAACUGAAUCUGAUGUUAUGGACAAAGACUGAAAACAUUCACAGUUAUAACCUUGAUGUCAGUCCAGUUAACGACAGUCGGACCUGUUUAAUUUCUGAAUCCUUUAGUCUGUUUUCCAAUGAUGUGUGCCGUCUUAUCUCAUGGUUGACAGUCUCAUUUAAAUGAGUAAUUCUGGUUGUGACGUACUGUAGUCUGCUUAUUUCUCGUCUUUACACCAGAGCGACGAGCUGGACCCGUUCCAGGAGCUGCUGGACGAGCAGCGCUACCCGGCCGAGGUGACCAUGCCCAGCCCCAAACACCACAAGUACCCGCCGUGCAAGGAGGGGAAGAAGGAGCUGAUCACGUAAGAGACACUUUAACCUGCUGGAAAUAGAACAGAGGGAUGGACUUCAGUUUAUAACCACAGCUGAAGAGACAAGGACCAUUAUUACCAUAAUAAAGUUUAUUUACAGGCUACAGGGUUACAGAGAGCUUUACAAAAGAAGAGAGAAACGUGAGUAGCAGGACGACGAAAGAUUUAACAGUUUUCAACAAAGCUGCGAGAAAAUGAAAAAUUAAAGAGACAGCAGCUAAAACUAAGCAUUUCAGAUCAAGGCUGACAUAAUGAUAUUUUGAUACACCAGAGUGAAAAACAGGAGGCUUUUUUUUUUUUAUCUGAUAAUCAUGUUAAGAUAUUAAAGAGGGUUCAGAUGGGAAGUCUAGAGUCUGGAAAAAAAGGCAGAGUACUCCCUCUUUUAGUUUUUUUAAAAUUAUUUUUCUGUCUAGAAUUUCAAACUAUUUCAGUAAGUUUCCUUUCCACACUAAAUCCUCCUUAAAACGACUUUGAGGUGGUAAAAUCUACAGUGAAUUUUAAAGUAUUUUCAAUUUAAGACAGUAGGAUUACACAGCAAACUACGGAGGCCCAAAGAGGCCAGUAAGGAAAGAGAGAAAACUCGUGACUUUCUCUGUGAGAUCUUUUUGUUUACUCUCCAGUUUUUAUGAUUUCAAAAGUUUGGCUUGAAUUUUCUUUUUAACGUCCUAUAUGUGUUUUUCUUUUUCAUAAGGGAAGUAAAAGUUUUCAUCUCUUCGCACGUCUGUGAAAACAGUUUUUUUCUUUUUGAAAACUUGAAUGUGUUAUUGCAGACUCCGUUCAUAUGUUAAAUAUUGUUUAUUAAUUAUCUCCUUUUUUAUGCUUAAUGCAAAUAAGAAAUUGUUUUCAUAUGUUUCCUUAUGAGGCCGCCAUAGAAAAGUCAACAAUAAAGCUGAAUUUCAUGCUUUUUCAACGUGAAAAGCUGCAAGAAACCUUUAUGUUUUAAAUUAUUUUACAUCUGAUGAAAAGAAAAGUUCAUCUAAUCCUGAAGAAAAAAUCUAAAUCUCAUCUUUUCACUCUUCAAACCAUCCCUUUGAUUCUCCACAUGAAUUUAAUCGUUAGAAAUACAACCGUAACAUCAGAAUCAGCUUCAGUCUCUUUUCCUCCUGCAGGCUGUCGAGCUGUCAGCUGGCCGAUAAAAACAUCCGCGGAGUGAUGACGAACAACUCACAGGAACUCAAGUGAGUCUGAAACAUCAGAUAUUAAGAUCUGAAGGAAUCUACGGGGUCAUAAUCAGACCCAGCAAGGGUUUUAAUGUACAAAUCAGUGCUUAGAUGAACUAAUGGGUCCAUCAUGAACUUCUUGUUUCUUUGCCUCAGGUGUCCGACCCCGGGCUGUGACGGAUCAGGACAUAUAACUGGAAACUACGCCUCUCACAGGAGGUACAGUGACUGUUUCUAAACAUGAACCUGUCUGAAGUCCUUCACAGACCCAAACUAAAGUUACUGCAACUAACAUGCUGAUUAAAAAAUUCUCCUCCUGUCCUGCAGUCUGUCUGGUUGUCCUCGAGCCAAAAAGAGCGGCAUCAAAAUCCUCCACAGCAAAGAGGACAAAGACGACCAGGAGCCCAUCAAGUAAGAUCAGGUUUCAUAUAAAGCCAUGACCAAUAUGACAUUUUAACAUUCAUAAUUUGGCUGCUCAGGAUGAACUUAUUUUGUUCAUGACUGUUUGAAACCCAGAUUGAGAUUUAGGAUGUGGGAAAGGUUCAGGUACAGGCUCUGAGUCCUCAGUGUACUCAUACCUUCACUGCUUGUGCAUGCUGACCUUUCUAACUUCAGGAAGGAGUAUUUUAGAGGAUCUGCGGUCAGUCCUCCUCUUCAGGUCUCGUCCCAGCAGCCUCAGUGCAGCAAAGGUUAGCAUUCGUGAACGUUUGGCAUUUCGGUUACAGCAGAAGUCGAUAUGUGAAGCCAAAACGACCUUGUGAAUAAUGUAAAGUUCAGCUGGUGUCAGUCUGCAGCAGCUGUUGUUGUUCAUCCACCUCACAUCAUUAACAGAAAUUAUAAUGAAGCUUAACCUGAGCUCAGCUAGGGAGAAGUGACGAUGCUCGGAUCAUUUUAAUCAGCUCAAAGGUCAGAGGGAAGGAUGUUAAAGGUCACAGGAGGUAAAGAUGGGCAAUUAUUUAGAUUUCAAUGAUGAUUAUGAUUUUAGCUCCCCAACCAUCAUGAAAUACGGAGACUCAAUGAUAUUGUGCCGUCCGCUCUGUUGCUCUCGUGACAUCAUUUACUUUUAAAUGACUCGCCCUCCUGAACAGCAGAUCCUGGGCGCAACCUCUCUCCUCAGCCAGCUCUAACUUUAGCUUCAGCAGCAGCUAUGAGGAACCAAUGAGGAACAAAGUUCAGGAGGAGCAGGAGGAGGAGAGAGGAGAGCAGGGACAAGAGCAGGAGGUGGCAGGCAUUCCCCUUUACUCCCCACGUUGACUGAUGUGGGGAGUGUUUUUGAUCGCAGACAAUAAAAUCCAGAGAAAUGUGCUGUGGAAUUAAACUUAGAUGACCUUACAUCUCUGCCUCCUUUCAGGUGUCCGGUGCCGGGCUGUGACGGUCAGGGUCAUGUGACGGGGAAGUACGCCUCCCACCGUAGUGCGUCAGGCUGCCCCCUGGCAGCAAAGAGACAAAAAGACAGCUACGUCAACGGCUCGCAGUUUGUCUGGAAAUCUGGAAAGACAGAUGGGAUGACAUGCCCAACCCCCGGCUGCGACGGCUCGGGACACGUCAGCGGGAGUUUCCUGACUCACCGGAGGUGGGUGUGGUUCUGUGACCCUCUUUUUCAGCCCGAUCAGAGUUUUAUUUUUGUUUGUUGUGACAAACUGUUAUAUAUGCCUAUGAUGACAAAAUAACUUAAGGGGUAUUCCGGCAUAAAAUUAAAUUAGGGUGUAACACACCAUAACACCGAGUUAGACACCCCGGCGAGAGAUGAAUGUUGCCGACUGCUUGCUUCUCUAGUUAUACCAACUUUAGUAACGACCGCAGACAGCAAUACAGAGAGCCACGUACUCAACCAAAAAGCCACUCUAUAGCCACAAAUAACUUAAUUCUAAUAACACCCUAACUUAAUUUUAUGCUGGAAUAUCCCUUUAAAACAGGCCUGAAUCAGAUUGUGAUUGUGUUUGAUUCCAGUCUCUCCGGCUGCCCCCGGGCCACCUCAGCCAUGAAGAAGGCGAGGAUGAGCAGUGUAGACAUGCUGACAAUCAAGCAGAGAGCGAGCAAAGGUCAGAGUCAAACCCCCAACUUUGAAAAUACAAAAAAUAUAAUGAAUUUGACUGAGCUUCCUGUAAAGAUGUUUUUGGUUUCAGGCAUUGAAAACGAUGAAGAAAUCAAACAGCUGGAUGAAGAAAUCAAAGAUCUGAACGAAUCCAACAAUCAGGUGGAGUCAGACAUGAUCAAACUGAGGACACAGGUGAGAUGGUUCAUAAGUGUGCGGGACACAGUUGUGAAAAACUAAUAAUCAAGACCUCAAUGUGUCUGCAACAUUUCACUGAGUUAGAAAAGAUCAAAUAUAGCACAGAAGCUCUGACAAAUUCCCCAUGAUUCAUGAUUCAAAACUGGCGAAAAACACCGCUCUGUGUGGGCUCUGAAUUAGGGUGGAAAAAAUACACCCUUAAAAAAGUUCAAACUGAUUCUCUCAACAGAUCACGACCAUGGAGACCAAUCUGAAGUCCAUCGAGGAGGAGAACAAGGUGAUCGAACAGCAGAACGACUCGCUGCUGCAUGAGCUAGCCAACCUCAGCCAGUCGCUCAUCAACAGCUUAGCCAACAUCCAGCUUCCACAAAUGGUAAGAACAAACAGCCUCCACACAUGUUGAUUAAUAAACAGCCUCCACACAUGUUGAUUAGUAAACAGCCUCCACACAUGUUGAUUUAAAAACAGCCUCCACACAUGUUGAUUUAAAAACAGCCUUUACACAAAGUUGAUUAAAAAACAGCCUCCACACAUGUUGAUUUAAAAACAGCCUCCACACAUUUUGAUUAAUAAACAGCCUCCACACAUGUUGAUUUAAAAACAGCCUCCACACAUGUUGAUUAAAAACAGCCUCCACACAUGUUGAUUUAAAAACAGCCUCCACACAUGUUGAUUUAAAAACAGCCUCCACACAUGUUGAUUUAAAAACAGCCUCCACACAUGUUGAUUUAAAAACAGCCUCCACACAUUUUGAUUAAUAAACAGCCUCCACACAUGUUGAUUUAAAAACAGCCUCCACACAUGUUGAUUAGUAAACAGCCUCCACACAUGUUGAUUUAAAAACAGCCUCCACACAUGUUGAUCUAAAAACAGCCUUUACAAAGUAAUAAAAAACAGUCUCUACACAUUGUUAUUAAAAAACAGCCUCCACACAUGUUGAUUAAUAAACAGCCUCCACACAUGUUGAUUAAUAAACAGCCUCCACAGAUAAUAAUUGAAAAACAACCACCAUACAUGUUGAUUAAAAAACAGCCUUCACACAUGUUGAUUUAAUAACAGCCCCUGCACAUAUUAAUUAAAAAACAGGCUCCACACAAUACAAAAAAAACAGCCUCCACACAUGCUGAUUAUAAAACAGCCUCCACAGAUAAUAAUUGAAAAACAACCACCAUACAUGUUGAUUAAAAAACAGCCUUCACACAUGUUGAUUUAAUAACAGCCCCCGCACAUAUUAAUAAAAAACAGCCUCCACAGAUAAGGAUUAAAAAACAGCCUCCACACAUGCUGAUUAUAAAACAGCCUCUGCACAUGCUGAUUAUAAAGCAAUCUCCAUACAUGUUAAUAGAAAAACAGCCUCCACACAUAGUACUGAAAACACAGUUUCGGAAUAUGUUGAAUAAAAAACAGUCUCCACACAUGAUGAUUAAAAACAGCCUUUCUUUUCCUUAUAUCAGGACAAUGAUUCAAACAUGACUUGUAUCCCUAAUUUUCAGCUUUACAUCUAAAUUUUUUUUGGUCUUAUAUCUGUGUAGGAUCAAACAGUCUUUUUGGAUUUUUUUUAUUUUAUUUUUUUAUCUAAAGAGUUUUGAAUGUGGAUCAGGUGUUUGUUUUUUGUGGGGCUAAAUGAUAAUGAUCUUCUCUGUUUGGUUGUCAUCGCCUCAGCGCUUUUGUAAGUUGAAAUAUUAUCAUCAAAUAACACUUGCUCAGGUUUUAGAUCCAGGCGGGUGUUUCCAGCCUUUUCUGUAAAGACACUCAGGUUUUUUCCUCAUCUGCUUUUUUCUGUUCGCCACCUUCUCUGUUUUUCUUUCCCAGCAGUCCAUGCUGUGCUUCUUCUGUGCUUUACAACGUCUCACCAAGUGUCAAAGAAGGAAAACAGCCCCGUUUUUAUUUCACUUUCAGUUUGAACAGGGUGCUCAUGGCUGUUUAAAAUCAUGUCGUCUUAGUGUAGAAAGAAGACUGGAUAACUGGUCUAUAACUGGAUUCUUGGCUUCCAGUCACUCUUAUUGGUGCAGAAUUAGUUUGUUUCAUGCUGCAAAAAAGUACAUAUACAGCAUAUCUUUAUAGAAAAUCUGAUUUUUAUCUGAUUUUUAUCUGUGUGGACGAUGAUCUAGUUAUAUUCAACGAUGGCAUGACCCCAUGGUUGUUCUAGAUUUUAAUUUGCUGAAACUUAUUUUGUGGUUUGUGGUUUUCUGAGCUGGAAAACUUUCAGUCAUCUUGGUCAGAGGGGAAAAGUCUCACAGUCGAACAUCUUUCAGUGUUUCUCGGUGUAGCUGAUGAAGCCUCAGGUGCUGUAGCCAGGCUAAUAGACUUCUCUGUACACCCUCUCCUGUAGAGACCGCUGCCACAGAAAGAGGCGCCAGUAAAGCAUAACUGCUGUUUACAGAUGCCUCCCAGAGUAAGAGAUCAUUUAUCCUUUAUCCAAUUAUCCUUCUGUUCUGCACUGUCAUCCCUCCCUUCCUUUAUCUCCUUUAGCCCACUGUGCCGUCUGCACAUCACGACUGUCCAUGACCACUGCAGGUUAUAAGAAUUUAACGCCACCCGUUUAAAUAUCAUCACCGUGCCGUGGCCCUUCAGAGUGGCUGAAACCUAUUAUUUGUUUGCUAUAGGAGUGGAGCUUCAGUUGACUGUUUCUACCAUGAUGGAAAAGCUCUUUAAUCACAAACUUCACAUACAAUCAUUAAUCUGUGAGAUGAUUGUAGUCGGGCUAAAGCUGUGUCCCAGUUUAGGAGUAGGGUUCUUUUAAAAGACCCAGUCUUUGAAAAGUCCUGCCCUUGUAGCCUGUGUUGUACGCUCAUGUGGCGUCUUCCACCAGAUCUCUCAUCAGCCCAUCUCUGCUGGUAGGUUUCACUGGAGUCUCGGACUGUCACAACAGUAUAAAAUAACCAUCUUUACAAACAAAUGACAACUGAUAAUUGAAAUAAUCUAAAAAUAAUCAUACAGUAAAAUGAUUCAGGUAAUGUACGCUGGAAGCUACACAUCAUGAAACAGAGGAGAGACAAAAAGCACAAGCUGCUAAGUGAGCUAGCUUUAGCAUCUCUUUGAAAGACCCGCCAGUAUAGCUAACAUCACAUAACUUAACCACUAUUGAUUUAGUUUCAACAUUUGUGUCUCUGGCUGCUUAACUAAGUUUAAACCAAAGAAUACAGGUGUUUCGUGAUGUUUAAAAAUGUUUAAUGAUGAUUUAUUCGACCACUUGUCACCUGCUGUCUCAAUAAAUUGGCAUAAGUCAAAAGAUAUGCAGGAAAAUUUGCAGGACCAUUGACAAGGGAAAGCCUUCAACAGGCCACUGUGAAGCAACCCGACAACAAAUACACGUUUGGAAGGAUGCAGCCUGUGAACUGACUGCACAUGAACUUGGUACAGACCCUAACACAAGAGGAGGGGUUAAAAACUGCUGAGAAUUAGAAGUUAAGAAGCUGCUCAAUCGACAAAUCUCAAAGCAGGACUGAAAUCAGACAUAAUCGUAUUAGUUGAGGCAGCAGGAAAGCCUUAAUGAAAACCUUUAACAAAUAACCACAAAGUCUACCAGGAGUCCAGAGACUAUUUGGUUAAAUGAAUUCUAGAGAGGUUGUAAGAAAAUGAAAAAAAUAAGUGUGAGGAAAAACAGAGCUCCUUUCACUUUCAAGGUCAAACUUACCCAACUAAGUAAGUUUGACCUUGAAAAGCUAAAUAUUCAAAUGUAAUGGCCCUAGACAUGAGCCUUGGGGUACUCCACAUAUAAAACUAGUUAUGCUCCUUUAAAAAAAACAGAAAUCAUAACCUGUUCAGUUGAGAAUACAUGAAUACAUAUGUGUUCUUACCCACUGAGGUCAAAGUCAACCAGCCCAGGUAUUUUUGAAGCCCUUGUCAACGGUAAAAAUGUCUGAGGAAGUUUCAAACUCUAGGUUAUUAGCGUUAAAUGUAACCACCAGUUUUCUCUUUCGACUUCCAUUAGUUUUCAACAUCCAGCUUUUGUCUCCAUACGCUCACAUUGACCUACCAUCCAUCCACCAGCUGACCAUCCCUUUCCUGUUUUUUUGCAUGUUUUGUAGUUGCAUUGCGUAGACUUUCACAGGCUGAGGUUUGGAUGUAAUAUAUAACUAUUUUGGAUGUAAAACGAGGUGUUUUAGUGAGCUUGAUGGUGUUCCUUUCCUCCCCUGCUGCUCGUCUGUUUUCUUGACCUUUCCUGCAACACUUUUCUGAAAUAUAUAUUUUUCCUUUUUUGACUGUUGACUGUAAAGAUGGACGACACAUCUCCACCUCUUUAAGGGUUAGCUGUGGGAACAGUAAACAAAGAUGACUUGUUUCUUUGGUGACACUUUACAAUACCCAUAACUUAUAAAUGGUAAAUAGACCAUUUAUAAAUGGUAAGCAGGUAGUUUAUUAAUGUUUAAUCAUCAUUUAUAAAUAGCAUAUAGACCAUUAAUAAAUUGUAAAUUUUACAAUUUUAAUAACCUAACCCUAACUUUACAAUAACCAUCUAAGUAAUGUUUAUAGGUGGUCUAUAAACCACUUAUUAAUCACUGAAAAAGUAUUACAAACAUCAGUUGCAACUUUGCAAUAACCAUCUAAGUAAUGUUUACAGAUGGUUUAAAAAACAAAUAGUAACCAUUUACAAAGUGCUUCUGACAUACAUUUAAAUCUAGAUGUUUUACAACCAAUAUUUAAGCCCUAUAUAAACCUUUAAUAAAUAGUCCAUUAAUAAUUAAUGAAAAUUAUUAAUCAUAACUUCAAGUAACCAUUAACUUACACUAAUAAACUAUCCAUUUGCCAUUUAUAAUUGUUCUAUAUGCUGUUUUAAAAUGAUGAUUAAACAUUAAUAAACUAUCUAUUUACCAUUUAUUAAUUGUGGUUAUUGUAAAGUGUUACUGUGUUUUUUUCCAACCAAAACUUACCGAUGAAAUAGCAAAGAUAAUCCCAGCUGUCAAUCAAGUAUUGAGAGUGUUGUGACGAGCUAGACAGAAAGGGGAGCUCCAAAUAUCUGGCUUUACUUUGAAGGAGCUGUCACGUCGUCCAUCUUUCCUUGCAGUCAUUGUAUCUGAUAAAUGCACGCCUCCUCUAACGCCUCUGACUGUAUUUGUCUCGUUGGGUUUCUCUCCCCUCACAGGAGCCAAUGAAUGAACAGAACUUUGACACUUAUGUGAAUACACUGACAGACAUGUACACUCACCAGGACCAGUACCAGAGCCCGGAGAACAAAGCAUUGCUGGAGAACAUCAAACAGGCCGUUCAGGGUAUCCAGGUGUAGCCCUGACCGGGGCCGAGGCAACAAAUGCAAAGCAAAAACAACAUGAAGGUCAAACAGACGGGAGGGAAGGUUGUUAUUUGCUGCUGUAAUCUACCAUAGUUCUUUCGUUUCGUCUGCUGUUCUGCUCUCAGCUACAUGUUUUUUAUUUUGAUGGUCGUUGCCUUGCUUUGAGAAAUUUUUAAACUAACAUUCACAUUUUGUACAUUUUCAUAUGACCUUACAUUAUGUGAUGUACUGUUUAUAGCUGCUAAUGUAUGCACAUUCUGGUGUAUAUGUAUGUAUUUAUUUAUUUAUUUAUUGUAAGCUUGAAUCAUUUUUUAUCUUAACGUGAUUUACAUACAUAAAAAUGGGCAUCACGGGUUAAAAGGGAGCAGAAUGGUGUGAAAGUAACGUGAAGAGCAAUCAUUUUUGAGAGGCUUUUUUCACAAGCUAGAGGUCGUUUUAAUGGAUGUACAUUCAUUUUGGUAACAUUUGGAGGUGGGCUGCGCGGCCACUUCUUACUGUAAAUCCUUAAGCUCAAAUUAUGAGAAGAAACCUGAAAGAGGGUUUUCAAACAUCACGACACGGAAACUGACUGGUGCAAAUCCCAUCAUCCCCUUCAAAGUUUUUGGGUUUCAAACUGUCCUGUUUGGUUGCUUGACUUUGUUGGUAUGAAAAACAAAGCAGAGAGACCAAUGGCUACAGAAAAUGUAGGAGACAAUCUGCCAUUUUGAAGUUCUUUUAAUUGUUAAUUUUGACUAGAUAAUAGGACAACGUGUCAGCAAUAUUGGUAUAAUAAUAUAAAUUUGUUUGUUUAGAUAUGGGAUGCAAUCUAUAUAAAAUGUUUGGGUAUAUGCAAUUUCUUAUGAAUAAAACUAGCAAAGAGCUGAUAGACCUUUUUACUAACUAUAAAUGUAUUGCGUUUUGUACAAACCUUUUACUACAAUCAUGUGUUGGGAAUCGGACGCGGGUGAAAGGACUUUGGUUCUGUCAUGUUCGUCUUUGCACAGGGACACCUUUGUUUCCAUGUUUUGAUGUUUUUAUUGUCGACUAAAAGGCACUGGGCAGGUGGAGGAGAGACUUGUAGAUAUGAUUUUUCUUUCUUUAAGCUGAUGGCUCCUCUGGACUUACAGGGUCAAACGUCCCCAUCGGUCAUUGUAAAUUGCACUCGUCCUGUGGAAAAAAAAUCCUUCCAAACAUGCAUCAAAUUGUCUGAGCCAUGAUUGGACAUGAUGACCAAGCAGCACUUUUUCUUUUUACUUCUCUUUGAUUGUUUUUUGAAAAGAUGAAUGAAUACCUGAGCCAGCAGUCCUGAUGCGAUGUCUGUGCACUGAAUUUUACCGACUGAAUCGGCCUUACGAUGACGUUCAGUCUGAAGCCACAGCACUGGUGGAGUAUGUGUUCUGAACACCGUUGAUCUUGCAUGCACUUUAUUGGAAUAUGUCAAAAGUAUUAACAUGUGGUAAAUGAAGCAAAAACUGUACAGCGAGUUUGUGGAAACUGUGACCUCGAAAAGACUUUGUGCUGGUGAUUCCUGUUUGAAAGCGACCUGGAGCAAAUGUCACUGAGUUGAUGAGAUACUUAAAGGAAAACUCCCCCCAAACACACAGCAAGCAAAUACAAGAGAAAUGGUCCUAUAUUUGAGCCCUGGGGUGCACCACAUAUCAAACUGAUUGUGUUUCUACAGAAAAAAAAAAAAAGACAUUAACGUUAUAUAGAAAGGGUCCUAUAAUUGAGCCUUGUGGUACGCCACAAAAAAACAGAAAUUAUAUAUUGUUCAGCUGAAAACAUACUGAUAGAAAUCUGUUUUUCUCACUGACGUUGAAUUCAACCAAACAAACCAUUUUGAAGCUAAAGCGGCUUUUUGACAUAUUUCUGAAACAUCUUUACUAAAAGCUCCCACUUUAAAAAAAAACAAAAAGGAACUACUGGUUUUUGUUUUUUUGCCCUUUAGUUUUAAAUGAAACCCUGGACCCCUGACUUGUUUACUUCCAGAGCAUUUUAAGAUCAGAUCCAUUUUAAAAUUUAAAGCACAAAGAAAGAAUUAAAACAGCACCGGCAGCGUUUUGUUUAAAGUGUUCGCUGUUUAAGGAACUUUAAAAAAGCCAAAACAUGAUGUGAUUGAAAUGUUAAAGACUUGAAUGUGUGGUUCCUCCUGAGGUGUGACGUUGUGGGACAAUCAGAUUCUUUUUCAUAUCAGCUUUCUUCAAAAUUUUUGAAGCAAAUUUUACUUUCAAAUUUACCAGCUUGCCUUAAAUUCACUUCUUCUUAUCCCAUCAUUCAAUCGAUGCACCUCUAAGCCAAAUUUCCAACCAUAAUCCAGCUACUUACGAGAUACUGACCAGUUUACAGGAGAUUGGAAAAACAUUUUUUAGACCAGGCUAAAAACAUGUUUAAUUCUGCUUUUAAAAAUUACCAUUUUACCUGCUCUGAUUUUUUUUUAAGUGAAGUUGACACUAAAGAAGCUGCAAUGUUUUAGCAAUUCUGACUUCCUGUUUCUAAUCCAAAGUCUGCAGCCAGGAAAAAAUCUGCCACACUGUAAAUAACUCAUUCACAUUAAUGUCCAGACUAGGGGUCAUUAGGACCCAACUUCCUUGUUGUUUAAACAGAAACAUAAAUUCUCACUGAUCAGCUGGUCUAAAGCUCAGAAAACAGUCAAAAUUAAGCACAGUGUCUCUAACUCGACUGAACAUAGGAUCACAGGGUCUGCAGGCAGAAGAUAUUGGAUUUAUUUGAUUGGUGGCUAACUUUAUUAGAGCCAGCAUCACCGGCCUUUAAUAAGGUUAACAUCUACGUGCCCGUUACCUGUUGCUCUGGUGGAGUGGUCAUUUACCAGUUUACAACUUUAUCUCCAUUUUGUUUUAGGAUGGAACAAACACCAAAAACAUCCCAAAUCAGCCUCUAUGUUGGUGAUAUCAGGACCAGCAGUAGGUCAUGCCAGGUAUAAAUGACAGGUGUUGGCUACUUAAUCACAUCAUGCCAAAUACCUGUGUUUAUGCUAGAAACCAAAUCAGAUGUUGAAACUAGCCAGUAAUCAGAAAUGCCUGCUCUAUGCGAAAUGUUUAGUUGCUCCAGUAUUGGUUAGGAACCAUUCUGGUCUUUGGCCAACAUGAACACACCUGGAAGAUAGAGUCAGGGAUUUCCUCUAGGAGUCAACUUCAUUCACUGCUUUUAUUUUCAGCAAAGAAAGAGAUCAAACAUUUAAAAUCAAGAAGUCCAUGUUUGAUUUUUAGUAGAUAUCUUGAACAUUUUUAAGUUUUAGACCCCUGCUCUACAGAUAAGGAAGACUAACUUUAGCCGCCAGCAGGGGGAGUUUUCCUUUAAAGACGUUUCUUCUUUGGACUUUCACUGCAUUUCCUGACUCUCCAUCUCUGUCCACAGCUUUGUGUCUGCAGCUUCCUAACAGCUAAAUACUGUAUUAGAUAGACUGACGACUUGUAUUUUCUUAAUUUAGUCAGUUCUGACGGAUAAUAAAGGAAAUGGGAGUAAAAGCACAAUUCUGCCACUUAAAGACAGUCAAUAGACUAGAUAUUGUAAUAUCAGAUGUAAAAGCUAAACUGUAACUAUUUACAUAGAGAAUCAACACUAACAUGUGACAUGCUAGAAUGCAAAAGAAAACCAUAUGAAUAUUUGUGAAAUCAUCCGUUUAUGAAGAUGUAAGAGUUCCUUUUCAGCAGUGCAUUGAUAAGGGGUUUUUAUACGACCUUCAUUUUUUCUCCUUUUACCCCUUUGUCUCUGUUACUGGCAAACUUUCAGCAGCAGUUUUCUUACCACAUGGCAUGGAUUUCGUUGGUAUUUUUGCUGUAUGUUCAAGGUCACGAGUUGCUACGUGAUAUUUUAAUUUAACUUGUGAAGUUUGUACAAUUUUUAUCAUGCUGGUGUUGGCAUCUCUUGCUCUGAAUAAAUUUUGUGUUGCAACACUGCCUAUGAGCUGUUCUUGAGUUAACUUAACGUGAUGUCCUGAGAAAAUACAUACUGAGCGGCAGGCUGGACAUAAUCUGUUAACGUGAGCAUGAUUGUUGUUUUCUUGGGACAUAUUCUCUACAACCAGUAGUAAACAGUGGGGACAGAAUGGCUGUCAACAACUUAGAAAAGGCCGAUUUUCCCAAACAUUCAAGAAAGUUCACAGGUCAGCUCUUGCAGAGGGGGCCAGUCAGAGUAGAAGUAGAACCUUAAUAACAAAGAGAAGAAAAUUGAGUUGUCAGGAGAUCCAUUAGACCUGCCUUUUCGUUUAUUUGAGCUGAGAAGAGCUGGGAAAGAUGAUGUAUACUACAAAAUGUAGUUCUAGUGUUACAGUUGUUUGACAGGGUUUUGGAGUCUGGCCAACUUCCCUCACUGUGGAAACAAGCAAUCACAGUACCAGUUCAAAAAAACAAGGAAAGACCCUUCAGAUCCAUCCAACUACAGACCUUUUACCAGAAUUGUGUGUGUCCAGUGUUAGACUAUGUGGCAGAAGUCUUGGGAUUUGAAACAACACUGAAAAAGUGAGGCUGUGAGAAUAGAGCCAUGCAAUAUUUCCUUGGUGUACAUAAAUUCACGCCAGCUUGAGCUGUCUUGGGAGAUAUGGGCCGGGAACCCAAUAAGGUAUGGUUGAGUGUACAUAUGGUAUGUUUAUGGAAUAGGAUUCUAGGACGAAACCCAAAACGGAUUGUGAUUAAAGUCAUUGAAUUGGAUACUCUGAUUGCGGGGGCAUGGGAUAGGAAAAUAUGACAUUUCC